AGAGCAGCUCAAUCUGUAUGUGAAGAACCAGAUUUCCAAGUAGUAGUCUGGCUGAGACAUGCAUGCUGAAAGUGGCUUUUCACAACCCAAGCCACAGUAGAAUUAUGGCCGUGCCACUUCACGUACCAAGUGGAUACAUAACAUUCAUGGAGAUUUCUGGACAGAUUGGAGAAUGAGCAUUUUUCAAGGGCAUUUACUCAUAGUGGCAGCGAUGAUGGCCUGCUUGACAUUUAGUUUAUCAACACCUACAGGUAAUUCUGGAUUGUACUUACCUUGAAACAUAUUAUUGUUUGCAUGCGAUUGGUAGCUCAUCAAUGACAAUAGUUGAAAAAGCAAUAUAUAUUUAAUUCUACUUUCAAAAUAUUUCACUAAUUUUGAAGGGGAGAUUAAAAACAAUGAAUUUUGUUUGUUUUACUGAAAAAGUGAAAAAAAAAAGCAAACGGACUUAUACGUCUGCUGCUUUACAUGCGCAUUAGGGAUGAGAAUGUCCAAUUCUCCGAUUCAAUUAUCAACUAAUUACCAAAAUUGCUAAAUGUGGGCAAAAACAAAACUGAUAUUAAAUUUACAGGUACACCAUCACAGUUUCACUAUUUUAUACUAGCUCUUGAAAUCCAUUUUGCAAGUGCUUACUGAAUAAAUCUCUACAUCUCUACCUACAAGUUUGUGUUUAUUGACUAAAACCCUAGGUCACAUGAUUAUUAAUUAAACUAUGAAUUGUAGAUAAAGGACCAGUUUGUGUAUGGUGUGAAUUUGAAUUUCCCUGUUAAAUUCCUCCUAGCUUACAGUUUAGCUAAAAUCACUGUCUGUGUUUAUUGCCUCGUAAUGUCCUGGGGAUUCCUACCACUUGUUGGGGCUCCAAGAUUACUAACCCUCUAUAUCUUGAGGAGUUGAAAACUUUUGAGGUUAAACCUUUUAUGGGUCAAUAAACUGGGCAUGUACUGACCUUGGGCAUAUUUUGAUUGGCAUCUCCUGACUCUAUAAUUUAAUUAUGUUCCACCCAACAGAUUAUUGGCCUCUACCCAGUAUUAAUGAAGCCCAAUAGACAACCCUUUUUAAUUAUUAGUGCUAGAGAACGCUUAUUGGAUCUCUUCAAAGUGGGAGGGAGCCAAGCAGUUCUCUAAUGAGCUCUUUAAUUACAUUCUGCAUUAAUGCUCUGAACUGCUGGAGCUCACCAGAGCCAAUACAGAGGUUACGGAGCCAAUACAGGGUUAAAUCUAGGUUAAACCAACAAGGUUUCGUCAAAGUCUCUAACAUUCUUGGUUUAAAUUUUGCUUGUUGGAUAAAAAACAGUGCUCAUCUCUGUUUAAUGAAUAGACCCCUUGAUCACAAAGCUACAAAGCUUCUGUUUUGGCAAAGUAAAUGGGGGAAGGGGAAGUGUUAACAAGUUAAGCCAGCUUUUUAGUUGUCAGACCAUGUGGAAAUCGUAGCAACUAAAGUAUGACAAAUGGAAUUUUGAAACUAUUUCCUGUUUUCAUGAUGAUUCUGUAUAUGACCCAUGCAGGGUUGACAUAUUUAAAAUGUUUUAUGGAUAUUUUAAAGUUACAUAACAUUUUUAUUCUUACUCUUUACUUAUAUUUUUAUAGUGAAGCACAGCUCUGAAUUUCAAUUAAGUUCCAUACUCCUAAAACAGUGUCAGAAGACUUACAGGGUAAUUUACUAAAGUGAGAUUUCAAAGUGAAUUUCAGGUUUAACAUUAGGGUUAACAUUAUCAACCUGAUUUAAAUGUGUCUGCAAAAAUGCAAAGUUGCUGAAUGAUAUUAAUGUACUUUAAAGGACCACUAAAGUCAACAAGAACACGUAAUUGAGAUGAAGUGCUCUAGGUCAGUGGUCUCCAACCCAGUCCUCAUCGACCACGAACAGUCCAUGUUAGUCAGUAUCUCCAUUGGAAUAAAACAGGGAUAUACAUAAAUCCUGGGCUGUUGGGUUGGAGACCACUGGUGGUCUAGGUGCAGUGUUCCUGGCUGUUUAAUCCUACAAGGUAAAACAUUGCCUUUUGCAGAAAGAAAAAUGUUUAUAGGGUUAGAGGGAUUUUAUAGUGUUAGGAAUACAUUUUACAUUGCACUACUAAAGGGGACAGGGGCACAGCACCUAGACCACUUCAAUGGGAUGAGAUGAUUAUCUGGGUGCCUAUAUUGGCCCUUUAAGCAUGCCUCUAGUGCAGUGGUUCACAACCCAGUCCUCAAGUACCCUCUAACAAUCUAGGAUUUAAGGAUUACUCAAUUGUGCCUAAGGUGUUUUGGGGAAAAAACACUUUAGACACAACAGGGUGUUUCCUAAAUCCUGGACUGGUAGGGGGUACUUUAGGACUGGGUUGGGAACCCCUGCUCUAGUGGCUGUCAAACUGGAUUCUAUUCAGGAUAGUAUGAAAACACGUGGAAUAUCAAUUCUCUCAGUGAUGGUCACAAUGCUAAACAAAAAACAGUGUAUCACAAAUGGUACAACAAACAUUCACAACAUAUCAAAGUUUAAUCAGUUCAUCAGCCGAUACCUUAGGGUUGGGUUAAUCUUCAUAGCAAGAAAAAUACGUUUGUGUGUGUGUGGUAUGAUAAUUAUGGGUUCUGUGAAUUAAUGCAAUUAAACAAAGCUAAUGGCAAAACAUAGUGCAAGGCGUGCUAAUAAACCCUUUACUAAUAAUUUCUUUACAAAAUAUGGUGGCCGGUGCUGAUAUUGCAGCACAUUGUCUUCAAUGAAAAAUACCGGCAAUUGUAUUCCGCUAUUUUUGCAAUACCGGCACCUGCCACAGAGCAUCAAAUACCAUCUGUGCCAGUAAAAUACGGGCCAGGUGGCAACCCUGGGCAUGCAGUCUGGAUCACUGUCUGUGCAACCUUGCAUUCAGUCAGAGAACCAUUACAGAAUUAUUUUUUGAGUGCUUGGACUCGUGCAGGACUGGGGGGAGCAUUGACGGCGAUCUGCGCUUGAUGGAUUGCCAGGGACCACCUCUCGGCAUUGAAGGUUAGCACUAGGGGCUAGCAAUAGGGAGGGGGGUGAUGAAUGUUAGAAAAAAAAAACAGUGGAUGAAAGCAGAGAGCCACCUCAAAUGCACAUAUAGCUUUUGGCAAAAAAUACACUUCCCAUCACACACAAGCAGUUACACAUACAGUAUGUAACACUCAACACACUUUACAUAAACUAAUGAAAAAUGCAGAUUUGGGAGAGAAAGAAGAGACCGGUGGACGUGGGAUGUAAAAACUAAUGGAGAGGGUGAAAUUAAGGAGGCGAAAUAAAUGGGUAAAGGCUAAAAGAAGAUGUUGCAUACACAAUGGGGUGACACCUUUUUUUUGUGCUAAAGGGGUACCAUCAAUUUAACAUGGUGGACAGUGGUGGACAGUCUCCAGGACUUCAGUAUGUAGACAAAAUAAUAGAAAUCGAUGGGAGACAACGCUGAUCAAACUUCAUGUGGAUAUCUGCAAGGUUUGCUAUACAGCAGACACUCAUAGUACCUUAGAUAAUCACAUGUAAGUCACAGUAACAUAAAUACACUUUUCCUUGGUAAAUCUUCACUGACUGGGGGAAAAAAACAGCUUUAGGUUCUUUUCUGUUCCCACCCAUUGUGUGUGAUGUGCAGCCCUGAGCCAGGAAGCCCCUCAUUUGGCCAUCUAAGGAGUGGCCACUUGGAGGUGUCCCUAGGAGCAAUUUAAACCCUGCCUUUUCUCUGAAAAGGCAGUGGAUACAUGAACAUGCCUAAAGUGAGCGAUUAUACUCACCAAAACAACUACAUUAAAGGACCACUAUAGUGCCAGGAAAACAUACUCGUUUUCCUGGCACUAUAGUGCCCUGAGGGUGCCCCCCUGCUCUGGGGAGAGGAAAGGGGUUAAAUCUUAUCUUUCUCCAGCGCCGGGCGGGGAGCUCUCCGCCUCCGAUCCUCCUCCUCUCCUCCUCCUCUCCUCCCUAUCGGCUGAAUGCGCACGCGUGGCAAGAUUUACAAUGCUUUCCUAUGGACGCUUGCGUGUUCUCACUGUGAUUUUCACAGUGAGAAUCACGCAAGUGCCUCUAGCGGCUGUCAAUAAGAGAGCCACUAGAGGAUUUGAGGGCUGGAUUAACCCAUUUAUAAACAUAGCAGUUUUUCUGAAACUGCUAUGUUUAUAAAAAAAAAUUGGUUAACCCUAGCUGGACCUGGCACCCAGACCACUUCAUUAAGCUGAAGUGGUCUGGGUGCCUAGAGUGGUCCUUUAAGCUAUAGUUGUUCUGGUGACCUCAGUGUCCCUUUAAUACACUUUUGUCAACUAAUACAUGUUGUGUUCUUAUCGUCUGCCCUGUGUAAUAGAGACAACGCAAUAUGAUCUGUAAAUGAUACGUUAGCGUGAUUUAAAUUGCAAUUUGCAAAGAGACUUUCAAAUAUGGCAUGCUACUCUAGUCCACCUUAACUGCAAACAUUUUUUAUUUUUUUUUGAGUACAAAAAAAAUAAUGUCUUUCUAUGGAGAAUAAAUUACAAUAAUGAGUUUAAGCAUAUCAUACCAUGCUGCUGGGUGAAGCAUCUCAGAUUCCUCAGGGCAGGGAGAAAUCUUGGAACGUCACUGUAGUUUAUCUUCAUGACUUUGUUGAUGUCUCUCCAGAAUGUAGGUAUUCUUCUAAACCACUUGAGUCCACAAGUGGAGUUCUUUGGUCUAUAAUGUCCAUGAAAUAGCAGGCCAUCCAUGCAUGCCAGCAGGGAAAAUGACUGAGAAUAAUGAGUAGGACAUUUGUGAAUAAUGUCCAGAUUUUGUAGUCUGAAUUAUUCUGGACGUUCCAAUGAGUUUUUAAGAGUUUAUUGAAUAAUGCUGCAAUACUAAUUAUUGCAGUGCCUGCACAUCUGAACUUUAAUGAAGUGAAAACACUGCUCGACAGGGGAUUUGGGGCUCUCAGUGCAAUAUAUGGAAAAUUUCACCCAGGAGCCAUUUGGGGCUCCAGCCUAGGUUGGCGCCACCUGCACUUAAUACAUAUUUCUUGAGGAACAGAAGUGCAUACAGUGAAAUGCUUGUUCUAGUGGAUGUUGCGACUAGCAAAUUAUUAUUGCACAAUUGGUACAAGCAGGAGAAAUGGCAAAGCUUGAAAAAACAGCACAGGAUAACAAUCUAUGGCAGAAAUGAUUGAGUGACCAGUGGAAAUUUUACUUUUUGUUUCCAUACCAGCAUAAUUCACUAAUGGGAGAAUUGUUUAGAAUUCAAAGUGAGUUGCAAACAUAUGCCAGUAUGUCAGAAUAAUUCAUGUCUUGUAAAAACAAUCAUGAGAUACUAAAGGAAAGCUUAAGUGUUAGGAUUAGGAAUACAAACCUGAUAUCCCAACGAUUUAGUGUCCAUGUCCUUGUUUAAAAACAGGCCCCCUCCCACCCAUUUACCUAAUAUAAAAUAUGAUUUUACUUAGGUUUUUCCAGCGCCGGCACCCUCUGUGCUGGUUACCUCUCCACCUUCCACAACAUCACGGAGGAAGCAUGGCCUCCUCCAUCGAUGUCCAAUCCAAUUCUCAUCAUAGAGGAGCAUUGGGAACCCCACGAGCAUGUGCAGCCAGCACCAUACAUGCCAUCAAUCUUACCAAAAGGAAAGCAUUGAAUUAAUGCUUUCCUAUUGGGGCUUCUGUGUCACGUGACCGAGUUAAAUGAGGAUCUAACCCUGCAUUGAGAUUAAGUGUUCUGGGUGACUUUAGUGGGUGGCUUUAGUGGUCCUUAAGCCUAAUCAGGGAUUGGGAUAGCAGGUAGCCAUUAUAUUCCAAUAACUUAAUAAGAAAAUUUCAAAAGUAAGUCAAGCAGGUUAAAGAGCAGGAUAUGACUCUCAUACACAAAAUUGAAACAAUAUGCAAAACCCAUGAAAGAUUUGGUUCUAAAAGGUAUCUGCAUGAUACGCUGAGUGCCAUUUAUUACAGUGUCUCCUGCUGGGAUACACACAUGCAGAAGCUCAUUAGUGCCUAGAGGUAAAAAUAAUAAAAGUAAUCCUUAUAAACUUGUACAGAGCCCUUCAGAAUUCCUCAGCUUACCUACAAUGACAACUACAAGCAAAAUGUCCAUGUGACUGUGUUUUCCCAAACACAGUUCGCUGUUCGCACAUGCCAUUUACUCUCUGCUCAUUUUAAUAUCUUAUUCCUUCUUUCUUUCAUUUAUAGGAAAAUCAAUGAUUCCUGCCCCUCAGAACAUCUCUUUGACGUCCAUCAACUUUAAGCACAUCCUGACAUGGAAUCCCUUACCAGUGGAGUGGGGAAACGUUACCUACACAGUCAGGAUUCAAGGGUAAUCAUCUAAACUAUGUAGGCCGCAGACAAAGUUUCAUUUGAGAAAUCUGUUAUGUGGGCUUAAAAUAGAAUGCCCAAUGAAUAUUGUCGUAAAGCAUUUGUUGAGAGCUUGGUAGAGUGCAAUUAAAAGUAGAAUUAUUUAUAUAGUGCCAACAUAUUCUGCACCACUGUACAAUUGGUUAAAACAAAAAGCAAUUCUAACAAAACGAAUUCGACAUCCAGGAACAUUCGAUGAAGAGGGUUCUGCCCAAUUAAGCUUAAAAUCUAAAAGAUGGAAGUGUGAAUUUUAACUUUUCUGUGAAAAUCUAGCCAAGUAAAACCAUAUCUCAUAAAACAUGACCAAGCUACUGUAAGUAUAACAACCCUAAACAUAGUGCUUAAAUAUAUGCUAUCCAAAUAGAGAAAAAAUAUUAUUACACAAUAAGGAACGCACUAUUGAGAUAACAAGGAAACCACAACAGGGAAAUGAACAGAUGGAAAGCUCAAGUAUUUAUAGGUUUGGGCACGUCUCCCAGUUAGCCAAACCCCUAAAACACGAGUGUGUGUCGGCAACAAUGUGAUGUUGUUCCAAAAUCAAAACAGGCACCUUACUCCACCCAUAAAUAAAUAUUCAUCAAGUAUUUUUUUAGGGGAGCCAGUCAGCACUAUAUUUGUUAAGAACAUUUGAGACAGAAUUAGUAAUAACAGACAGAGCUUGUAGUCUGAUAAAAAUAACGUGUUUUACUUUGCAAAUAUUCUUCUGCAAGUAUUCUUUUUCACAAAAAAAUAUUUGUAUGAAUAUCACUGAGCAUCCACAUUUUGUACCAUUUUUCUAAAAGAUGACUACAAAAUUCUGUAAAAGAAGUUGAAGUUAAAUACGCUUUGAAGGUGCCUCCCCUGAAGUAGGUGGGGGCUAAUAUCUCCUUCUCAGGUUCAAAGUAUCACCCAGCAUAUAGGUGUCAUAUUAGAUAUCCUAUAUUAAAAUUGGCUAACUUGGACUCAGAAAAUGCUUAAUGCUUAAAACGACACUUAAGACCAUAUAUGCCCCCUCCUGAUCAGUCUCUCCUAAAUCAGUCUGUUCUUUCUACUUCUCGGAACUUAUCUGUUAUAUGUACAUGAAGUUCAUCCCUAGGUCUUAUCUGUACUCCUUUUACCCUUUCACUCCCUUCCUACUAUUGUCCUAUGAGUAUUUGCUUGUAAGCACUUACUUUUUAAUGUAUAAAAACCCAGCUGACGAAUAAACGGCAGAGGCUUAUUUUGAACACCAACAGGUGUCUGGUGUCUAAUUCGCGCUCCUACAAGUGCACUUGUAAUAAUAAUUUGGGCCUCCUCUGAAUAUAACAAAGAUCAAUAUUUGGAUCUAUAUCAGUGGACAUAGAUGAACUACACACAUCUGAAGAGAAGGCACAGGCACCCAAGCACCAGUGAAUGUUACCCAGUUAUGCUCUUACUUGGGUCUAUUCCCUCCAGUGGCCAUUGGAGUAACUAAAUGACCUCCAUUUGUUUAAAUAUACAUAGGGAUUAAGGAGAGAGGGCAGGUAACUUUUUCCCUUUGGUUUUUACUAUAUGUAUUAGCUGAUGUGCCCAGGAGUGAUGGGAGUGAGAGCAGGACUUAUCUUUUUGUAUUUGUACUUACUUGGGUCUAGCCUACUAUUACCAUAGGUUCUUCACAAAUUUGUCUGACUUACUAUACCCCCUUCAUCACAUUUUGAAUGCCAAGGCACAAUGGGUGUGGACACCCCUCUGUGAUACAGCAUUUAAGAAAACUAAACAUUUGAUAUCAUUCUCCAGAGUGUUGGUAUACUAUGAUACUGAGAAACCAGUUACUUGUGAAUUUUCUUCCUAUGGGCUGGGGGCACAUACUCCAACACAAAUAAACAAUCAUAUAAAGGGACAGAAACACUAAUUGACAUGGGUAGACAGCAUAUUCAGUGUUAUUCUCUGUUUCCCCUGUGCAACACCUAUACCAUACAAUAUCACUCCCAUCAAGAUGAUGCUAACACUUUUCCAGGUUACCUAUGGUACAAGGAUUGCACCAGGUGGCACAAGAGACUCAACUUCUAGAUGUCCUCACUUUGACAGCAAAAGACAUCGCUCAAGUAGUGGAUUUAGAUUUCUGUUUUGCCAGUUAUGUUCAUUUAUACAGCAUGGCUGGCCACGUACUGUGCCUUUAGGGUUCCAACCAUCAUUUCGCAGAAAGUGUAAACUAGCAACUCAGGGGAACUGCAAAAGUGGAAACCUUAAAUUCCCAGAUCUGAAAUUCCCAAGCCAUUUGACCAUUCAGGUUAGUCUUAUGUAAAAUGUAAUUGUAUUUGCAAUUAGAUCCUUUUUCACUGUGUCAAACAGCAUGGAACACGUAAUUUGCUAUGAGAUUGGUUGAGUAUUGUUCCUUAGGGGAAUGCUAUUUGAAGGUUUAAAUAGGGACAGGGCCACCAUAAUGGUACAUUUUCACAUAUAUAUAGCAAUUAUCAAUAUAUAUAAUAAGUAGUGUAAAGAUAGCACUCCAAGAACUUCAGAAAUAUGGUGAAAAAACUUAUCUUUAUUCAGGCAUCAGCCUAGGUGGAUCAACGUUUCAGUUCACUAAUGGAACUUUCAUCAGGAUACAUAUAUAUAUGCUCCUGCGGGUCCCCGACUGCCUGUAUAGUGAAGAGGGGGUCUAGCACAGAUGAUUUUUGGCUUCUGGCAGCUCCUCUCUCAAACUCUCAUGAACCCCUGGUGAGCACACAGGUUACCAUGGCAAUGCUACAUACAACACGCAGACCAGGCUCACAAGAGUUGGAGAGAGGAGUUCCAAAAAGCUGAAGAUUGUGUUUGCUAGAGCAGAAUUGUUGGACUCGUAUUGGUUCUUGUUUAAGAUGGAAAUAUUUUUUUCAUCUCUCCAGAGAAUAUGAGCGCUACCAUAAGAAGCAUGAUUGGAUAGAAGCUGAAAAUUGUCAUUACAUCUCUGUCCCUUUCUGUAAUCUGAGUAAGGACAUUCCUACCAACGUCCUGUAUGAAAUACAGGUUCGAGCAGAGCUGGAAAACAGGACAUCAGACUGGGCCCCACUAGGCUACCUGUUUCGAAAAAAUUCAAGUAAGGAACUUCAGAAAGAAAAUUCUGCCUCUCAAUCUCUCAUUGUCUAACUGAUGAACAGAGCCAAUCCACUAUCCACUAUUAUCUUUACUAAUUAAAACAAGUAUUUACGAUAAUAGUUCAACUGAGAAGAUCACAAGAUUCCUAAAUACAUUUUGCUGUAUCAAAACUCAAGUGGAACUCAAGUGGAAUAGUCUACUAUUAUACUUUAAAACUCUCUCUCUCUCUACAUACAGUACCUCACAAAAGUGAGUACACCUCUCACAUUUUUGUAAAUAUUUUAUUAUAUCUUUUCAUGUGACAACACUGAAGAAAUGAUACUCUGCUACAAUGUAAAGUAGUAUGUGUACAGCCUGUAUAACAGUGAAAAUUUGCUGUCCCCUCAAAAUAACUCAACUCACAACCAUUAAUGUCUAAACCGUUGGCAACAAAAGUGAGUACACCCCUAAGUAGAAAUUGGGUCCAAUAAGCUGUUUUCCCUCCCCGGUGUCAUGUGACUCGUUAGUGUGUUAAAUUUGGUGUUAUUGCCCUAACGCUCUCUCAUACUGGUCACUGGAUGUUCAACAUGGCAUCUCUUGGCAAAGAACUCUCUGAGGAUCUGAAAAAAAGAAUUGUUGCUCUACAUAAAGAUGGCCUAGGCUAUAAGAAGAUUGCCAAGACCCUGAAACUGAGCUCCAGCACGGUGGGCAAGACCAUACAGCGGUUUCACAGGACAGGUUCCACUCAGAACAGGCCACGCCAUGGUUGAUGAAAGAAGUUGAGUGUACGUGCUCAGCGUCAUAUCUAGAGGUUGUCUUUGGGAAAUAGACAUAUGAGUGCUGCCAGCUUUUCUGCAGAGGUUGAAGGGGUGGGGGGUCGUCUGUCAGUGGUCGGACCACACGCCGCACACUGCAUCACAUUGGUCUGCAUGGCUGUCGUCCCAGAAGGAAGACUCUUCUACAGAUGAUGCACAAGAAAGCCCGCAAACAGUUUGCUGAAGACAAGCAGUCUAAGGACAUAGAUUACUUGAACCAUGUCCAGUGGUCCGAUGAGACCAAGAUAAACUUACUUGGUUCAGAUGGUGUCAAGCGUGUGUGGCGGCAACCAGGUUAAGAGUACAAAGACAAGUGUGUCUUGCCUACAGUCAAGCAUUGGGAGUGUCAUGGUCUGGGCCUGUAUGAGUGCUGCCGGCACUGGGGAGCUACAGUUCAUUGAGAGAACCAUGAAUGCCAACAUGGAGCAUGGUCCCCUCCCUUCGGAUACUGGGCCGCAGGACAGUAUUCCAACAUGAUAACGACCCCAAACACACCUCCAAGAAGACCACUGCCUUGCUAAAGAAGCUGAAGGUAAAGGUGAUGGACUGGCCAAGCUGUCUCCAGAUGUAAACCCUAUUGAGCAUCUGUGGGGCAUCCUCAAACGAAAGGUGGGGGAGGGCCAGGUCUCUAUCAUCCACCAGCUCCAUGAUGUCGUCAUAGAGAAGUGGAAGAGGACUCCUGUGAAUCUCUGAACUCCAUGACGGUGAGGGUUAAGGCAGUGCUUGAAAAUAAUGGUGGCCACACAAAAUAUUGACACUUUGGGCCCAAUUUGGACAUUUCCACUUAGGGGUGUACUCACUUUUGUUGCCAACGGUUUAGACAUUAAUGGAUGUGAGUUGUUAUUUUGAGGGGACAUCAAAUUUACACUGUUAUACAGGCUGUACACGUACUACUUUACAUUGUAGCAGAGUGUAAUUUCUUCAGUGUUGUCACAUGAAAAGAUAUAAUAAAAUAUUUACAAAAAUGUGAGGGGCGUACUCACUUUUGUGAGAUACUGUAUAUCUAUCUAUCUAUCUCUCUAUAUAUAUACAGCAGAGUCAAAAAAAUUAUGUAGUAUUAGAGUUACUUCUGUCACAUUCCCUCACUUUUCUCCUCCACUCAUGCAGGUAGAAUUCACGAGAGAGCAGGGUUUGCAAGAUACAGAAACUGCUUCUGCACUGUAUUGUAUUUUUUGUGUGUAUGGUCUAUAAAGUUGGAACACCAUACACUAUAUAUGUAUCACAUAGAUGGCACUCUUCCUGUAUCUCUAAAUUCAUGCUUUAUUGCUGUAAUGAUGGUAGUUAUAAGUGCCGGUGAAUCAGAAGGCAUGCUUAUUGAUCAUACUUGGUUGGUAACACAGUUUGUGUUAACUGGUAGAGUACUAACAAGUGUCUUGGGAUUGAGAACAGGGACCUUCUGUAUCUGGGGUGAUAUUUGUCUUCUUAACUACUUAUGUGUAGGAAAGUGCCAUACUAGAAGGAGUAGUGGAGGCUACAUAUCACAACGCACUUGCUCUUUCCUUGAAGUCACGAAAAGAGAAAGCCAUAAAAUUAUUUUGGAAUUGUAUAGAAAACAAAAGAGAACUUUUCAAGAUGAAAAAAGGGAUUGUGGUGUGUAUAGUCAAUCUGGGCUUUACCCUGGAACAGGUGUCAUGUAAAAUCUACUACGAUGAAUACAUGUAUUCCUGGUCAAAAUCCAUCACUGUGAGACUAUCUAUUCCACAGACAAAAUGUAGUAAGUUAGAAAUUAUGAGAUUCAAUGUAAAAAGAAGAGGUGUUUCUUUAUGGGGAAGACAGGUCUGUGAAUUCAUUUAUAGUGGAGUAUGCAUACUUUAAAAUGCAUAUAUUUCUUACAUCAUACUUUUCCACUAUUUGUGGUCCUGUACGAUAAGUGAUUGCACAGACUCUGAGCUAUGCUUUACAAGUAAUUUAUAUUAAUUGCCUCUAUUAACCUUACAUAUAUUUUGUUUAUUUCCACAGCUCUUUUUAUACCUCCAAACAUAGCUCUUCUUGAUGUAGGGCAUAAGCUGAUUAUUGAAAUUGAAAACAUUGGUUCUUCCUUUGAGUACUAUGCAUUCUAUUGGAAAAGGUCUAAUAAAGAGCUAGAUGUAAGUACAGUACGCAGUAUACAUGGGGCAUAGUGGAUGAUUUUGGAGGGGGGGGGGAGGGAGGGCAAUGCUUUCCUAUGGGGAAGGCCUAAUGCAGACACAGUGCUCGCUGUACAUGCACGUUAGGCCAGAGGAGGUGGACUGUGACUCAGUGCUGUAAGUGGGUAAGUGAAUAAAGAUUUAUUUAUCCCUUUACAUUGGUGGGGGGAUUUCUUUAAACAGUUUACUUACUAGUAAACAAGUAUUGCUUUCAUUUACUAACAGGGCGAACUGACAGAAUGGACAGCUUUUUUUUUUCUCUGACAUAUCAAACCUCCUUCUUAUUUUUAGGUGAAGACUAUGAAGCUGAAUAAACACACAACAUCUGUUGUCUUGACAGAAACUGACCCAAAUAAUGAAUACUGUGCAUAUGUGGUGGCAUAUGCAGUUGGCCGAAACAGCAGUAGUAGCAAUACAGCUUGCAUUUUUGUGGAAGGUGAGUGAGAAUUAGCCAGUAGAGGACUGGGAGCUUAGUCCCAUCUCCACAUUCAGUAAGCGACAGCUGAGGGGCUUCAUAUACUGUCUAUAUAUUAUCAGACAGGAACCCAGGCACUCUAAUGUUCUCCAUCCUUAAUAGACGAGAGGUUUGAUUUAAUUAAUGGUUUUGUAUAGACUUGAACAUGUCUAAGGAAGACCUGCUCAAUAGUUUUCAUAACUUAGACCCCAUAUGCAGUAUGGUCCUCAAUUUAAUAUUGUUGGGUAAGCUUUUCAAAUGAUUUUAUAUUUAGGAUUUUUUUUUUUAUAUAUAUAUAUAUAUAUAUAUAUAUAUAUAUAUAUAUAUUGACAUAUUUUUUUAUAUAUGAUAUGUUUUUUGAUAUUUUUAUAUUCUGGAAAAUGUAAUUUUAUAAGUUUAUACAAAAAUAUUAAUUAAUUUAAAAAGCUUAUCCCACAAUAUUGAAUCAAGGCCAUUGUUGGAUAAUGUGAAAAUAUACACUAGUGUCCAAAGUGUUCGACAUUUCGAAGGAAAAACUGAUUCUAUUGUCCUUUAAAAUGGCAUCAAAGAUCAGAAAUACAGUGUAGACACUGUUAAUAUUGUAAAUGACUAGUGUAGCUGGAAACGGCUGAUUUUUAAUGAAAUAUUAGUGGAAAAUGUGCCUGUUUCCUGGAGUAAGGCCAUUUUGCAGAAUGGUAAAUGCUGUUCAGUAUCGGAGGACCAGUGGCGUAACUAAUGUAGAAAGGGCCCUGGUGCAAACUUUUUUUUUUUGGGCCCCCCUCUAGUGCAACAGUGGCCAAAAAGUUGUUCCCCAUCUGUUGUACAAUUCCAAUUAUGCUAUGCCAGCUGGUAAUCUACCAUUUGCCUAUUCUUGCAGGGUUGUAUUUGUGAGCAAAAUUUGUAUGCUUGAAUGUAAGCAUGUUUUUGGAUAGAGUAUAUGUGUGCAUAUAGGGGUUUAUUUGUAUGUAUUGUUGCCAUUGGAAUGCAGUGGUGAACUUGUGUGUAGUGUUUGCGUUUGAAUGCAGGGGUGUGUUUGGAUGUAAUGUUGUUUUUCACAUGCAGGUGUGCUUUUGUGUGUAGUAUUAGUGUUUGAAUGAAGGGAUGUUUGAUUGCUUAAAUGUAUGUACAUACACUGCCAAAUACAUGUAUGCCCACAUGGAUUUACAUACACUUUCACACACAGAUAAACACAUAUAAACACAUUGACACACACACACACACAUAGAUGCACCUUGACACAUGCACACUCCUUGACACAUGCGCACACGGACACAGAUACACACACUGACAUAUGCACAACCUGACACACACUUAUGCACACCUUGAUACACACACACUGACACACAGAUGCACACCCUGACACAAAGCUGCACAAAUUCACACACAUAUACAAUGACACAUGAACACACACUGACACAUAGAUACACACACACACACACACAAUCUGACACAUACAUGUUAUAAUUUUUUAUUUUUGCAUCCACCCUCCUGUUACCUUUUGUGUCCAGGAGUGUGACUUGCUUGGGGUCCUACUGGCUGAGGCUGAUUGGAGCGAUUCUGAGGCUCACUCCUGUAUCUCCUGUAUCUCCUGUAUCUCUUCCUGCCUGUGCCACCUCCUUCGUCACUCCCACGUGGCACACUCUAUAUGAAGCUGGGAGAAAGUCACUUCCUUCCAGCGUUGCUAAUAUUACAAUGGUAUUAUUGCUGAACAGGGGCCUGGUUGGGUACCGUGACCCCUUAAGAGGGCCCCUGUUCAACAAUAAUACCAUUUGGUGCCAUAAGUGCUUGGGCCACCUGAUGGGCCCCUCCAGUGUGUGAGCCCCAGUGCCGUGCAGCGCAGCGGCUGCACCGCUAGUAGUUUCACCACUACGGUGGACGCAGACAUGAGUUCCAUGGUGAUGUUAAAUACAUUGUGCUCCUUGAAGACCUGUCUGUAUUUUUUUAUCCCAUCAUGCCUAUGCGUAUGGAUGAUUUUUAAUGACAAGGAUAUGUGCAAUGAGUUUGGCAAUUGCCUUUGCAUGUGUUAUUAAACUCUAAUUGGCUGCUUAGUUGUCCAUACGGUAAAGUGAUAUGUGCUCUCUUUGUCUUCAAAUCUUUAUAGCGCAAAAACUCUCCAAAUUUAUUAUUGGUAUCAUCUCCUUAUUUGUGGCCAUCGCUGGACUUGUGGUGGUUUCUAUACUAGUAUGGAAAAUAUUUUACCUGUUGCGGUUUUCCUACUUCCCAAAAGUGGAUAUUCCAGAAGCACUGGUAAAAAUACGUUACCUUAUCAAUUUAUUUUUGUUGUUGUUGAUUCACUUACUGCCUGUUCUCUAUAUGUAUGCUUAUAUGCUAUGAAAAUAGUAAUAUGGAAAAUCGUCAAAUAUCUUGCAUGUCACAAGGAAGACAAUAUGUGCUUAUUGUUAAUUAACACUCCAAUCACCAUCACCACUACAACACACUGUAGUAUUUAUGAUGCCAGAAUGGCCUUGGUGCCCCAAUGCCACAGUAGAAAUGGUUUGUCUUUUCAUCUUGGGUCUACCGGAUGCUUCUUCCCGCCUCUUUCCAGGUACCAUGAAAUCCAGAAGCUUCUGCAUAGGAGCUUGCUUAGGUCUCCUGAGUUAAGUCCUGCAUUGCAGAGCCGUCUCAUUGGCUAAGAGCACCAGCUGAUCACAGCUAAACAAUGUGCUAAACCCUACACCGCCGGUAAGAAUCUUUCUGGCUGUCCUGCAAGCUCUACUGCAGGCAGGGAGCAGUGCCCGGCAGACCACAGGUAAGACGUCAAACUGUUCUAAAACAGUUCCAACUCAGGGUCCUGUUCAGGAAUCUCUUCUAUUUAACAUGUUUACAAAUGACAGCCAGAAACAUUCUUACCGGCGGUGUAGGGUUUAGCACAUUGUUUAGCUGUGAUCAGCAAAGUCAUAUUUCAAUGUUUGUAGAUUACACAAAACUCUGUAAAGUAAUACAAUGUGACAACAUAUUACUUAGCUGCAAAGGGAUUUGGCUAGAUUAGGGCACUCAAAUUGCAGAUUACAUUUAAUGUAGAAAAAUGCAAAGUUAUGCACUUUGGAGUAAGAAUUCACAAGCAGCUUACACCCUAAAUGAUAGCGAAUUAGGGAUAACAACAAAUGUCAAUCAGAAGUUGCUAAGGCCAGUAAGGUAUUGUCAGGCAUAAAACGGAGCAUUAAUUCUCAGGAUGAGAAUAUAAUUUUGCCUCUUUAUAAAUCACUGCACCUUGAAUUUGCUAUGUAAUUAGGGCACCAGUGCUGAAACAAAAUGCAGAUCUUCACUAUUGUUGUUUCUGUGAGUGUGAGAUGAGGCCUGAAGAACAGCGAUGGAGAUGGCACAGUUAUAUGAAGGUAUUUACAGCCGGGAAGAGCAAAGAAACAAGGGGGAGGAGUAGAGUAGCCAUGUGUUGUACACAAUUGAAAGGUUUAACAACCACAUUUUAACACCUAAAAUAUUAAUAACUGUGUACAUGAAAUAUUGGUCAGAAACAUUAAAUGACAAUGGUAAAAAACUGCAUGCACAAUAAAUUACAAUGGCAAUCUACAGGUAUAAUUGGAAACAAUUCUAUAGCAACACAUUAUAAUAUAGUAGCAAAGUAAGAAUAAAUGAAGUGAUGUAUCUUCCAAGCUUCAGUCAGUACCUGGAGGUUGUGGGAGUUGCUGCAAGAUGUUAAAUGCAGAGCUUCAUUAUUGGUGUUUCUGUGAGUUGCAGCAAGAUGUUAAAGGGACACUAUAGUCACCUGAACAACUUUAGCUUAAUGAAGCAGUUUUGGUGUAUAGAACAUGCCCAUGCAGCCUCACUGCUCAAUCCUUUGCCAUUUAGGAGUUAAAUCCCUUUGUUUAAGAACCCUUGUCACACCUCCCUGCAUGUGACUUGCACAGCCUUCCAUAAACACUUCCUGCAAAGAGAGCCCUAUUUAGGCUUUCUUUAUUGUGUUUAAUUAAGAUUUUCUUAUCCCCUGCUAUGUUCAUAGCUUGCUAGACCCUGCAAGAGCCUCCUGUAUGUGAUUAAAGUUCAAUUUAGAGAUUGAGAUACAACAAUUAUUUAAGGUAAAUUACAUAUGUUUGAAAGUGAAACCAGUUUUUUUUUUCAUGCAGGCUCUGUCAAUCAUAGCCAGGGGAGGUGUGGCUAGGGCUGCAUAAACGUAAACAAAGUGAUUUAACUCCUAAAUGACAGUGAAUUGAGCAGUGAAAUUGCAGGGGAAUGAUCUAUACACUAAAACUGCUUUAUUUAGCUAAAGUAAUUUAGGUGACUAUAGUGUUCCUUUAAAUGCAGAGAUUCACUAUUGGUGUUUCUGUGAGUUUAAACAGCAACUGGAAGAAUACCUGCAAAAUAUAAUAUUUAAGGAUAUACUUUUUAAAUUGUGGGGUACUAGCUUCUUGAUCCAAGGAUAAAUCUGACUGCCAUUCUGUGGUCAAGAAAUCAAGAUCAAACAGGAAACUUGUCCGCAAAGCAAUCUGAAUACAAUAUUCCGAACAGACGAACUGCAUGAAAUUAAUAAUAAAAAAAAAAAUGUCUCCAAUCAACUAAUUGUAUAUGUUUAACACCUUAAAAACUUUAAAAAUUAAAUUAAAUCUUUCAGAAUCCAUCCUUACAUAUGCCCCUAUAGAAACUCUUUGAACGUUAUAUCUUUGAAAACAGAACAAUGCUUAGUUUUUCUAGUCUACAAAAUAAAUAUAAUUUACUGUUUAGAGAUACUUUCCGCUACUUAAGAAGUAAACACUAUUUAAAUACAAAAAAAAAAUAUUUGAACAUUCUACUUAUGGUUAUCUAGAUAGAUUAGGAUCUAAGGGAUUCAUUACUAAAUCUUCUAAGUUGUUUGAAGGAAAGUUGGACGCUCAAAAAAUCCCUUCCGUUGUCAAAUGGGAAAAGGAUCUCAAUUUAUCUUAUACCCCUUUCGAAUGGUACCAAAAUACUAUCCAAUUAAAUAAAUAUAUUCAUUGUAUUUCUUUGUUGGGACUACAUCUAAAGAUCAUAUAUAGAUGUUACUUGGUUCCUUCUAAGCUGCAUAAAAUAUAUGAAGCAUAUUCACCUCUAUGUUGGAGAUGUAAAAAAAGAGACUGGCACCAUACUCCAUAUAUAGUAUAGUUAUGAUAUAUUAAAAGAUAUUAAAGACCGUAUAUCCUACAUAACAAUGAGGGGGGGACCUACUGUUCUCCUCCCCCGGCCCCCACCCCUAAGCGGUGGGUGGGGGGCCCUAAAUAAGUAUGAGGGGGGGGACCUACUGUCCUCCCCCCCGGCCCCCACCCCUGCGUGGUGGGUGGGGGCUCUACAUAACAGAGCACUUUGAUUGGAUGGAUUUCAAGCCCACCAAUAAGAGUGUUAUGAGUCAAAUUACACAGCGUGGGAAAAUUCCAAAGAACUUUCCCACCUGUGUAAAAUGACAAAGAGCACUCUGAUUGGCUUAAACCAACCAAUCAGAGUGUUCUUAGUCUAAUAAGCCUUCCCCCGCCCUGCAGAGCUCAGUCUGCGUGGAGCCCUCCAUGGGUGAAGACGUUUGUUUGUUUUUAGCGUCUGAUUUUUUCCUUUUUCGUCUGUUUUUUUUUUUUUGCACUCAGAUUUUUUAUUUUAUUUUAAAUUCGACGGGUAUUAUGGUUUUUUAUUUGGCCUUUUUUGGGGCUGAAAAUUUAAGAUUUUAGAAGAAAGAAGACAUCAAAUGGUAAGUUUUAUUUUAAUUUACAGGUUAGUUAUUUUAUUCCCCCCUCACUAUUUUUAGGGUGAGGGGGGUAGGUAAGGAAUAACUUUUAUUUGGGUGGGGGGUGACUAGGGGCUUGGGGACAAUAGCCCCCCCCCUUAUUUUACUUUAGGGCCCCCACCCCUGAACAAUAGGUUUUUAUUUGUUUCAAUUUUUUUUUACAGUGAGCAGCCACUGGCUGCUCACUGUUUACUAGACAUGCCCCUACUCGCGGUAUAGCGAGUACGGGGCUGAAUUUACUAAUACUAAGUAAUCUUUUAGUAUUGGUAAAUGUGGCUGAAAGACCAAUUUAGGCCUUUCAGCCUUUUGGUAGAUAGCUCCCUAGUACAGUGGGAAUUAGGGAGUUAUCUACUAAGCGGCUGCAAGAUGCAGCCGCCGUAAUGAAUAGGAUCGGAGUUUCAUUCAUUCGAAUGAAAUUGCGAUACGAACAAAGUCCCGAAUUGUGUUCUAACACGAAUGGAGAAACUGUUCUCAUUCUGUUAGGAUGCAAUUCGGCAGUUUUGUCAAACAUUUGUUGAUUGGCUGCCCUGCAGCUUUUCAAAACGCGCCAUUAAAUCGCCGAACACCGAACUCGAACCCGAACUGUUACUGAAAUGUCCAGGGUCAAAAAAUUGUAUUGUUCGGUACGAACCCGAACUUUACAGUUCGGGUUCGCUCAAUUGUAGCAACGCCACCACAUCCGCCACCGUCCCCAAGCAUCUCCACACAGUCCCAUGGAAGCGUUCAGCUGUCGAUCUCCCAAACACUGGAGAGAAAGAGGAAGUACCCCCUACCCACCCGCGAUCCCUGGCCCAGAAUGCCAGCAUUUCAAAAUUUGUGGCCUUUGAAAUGCUGUCAUUCCGUCUGGUGGAGACAGACAGUUUUAAAAACCUGAUGGCAGUGGCUGUCCCACAGUACGUGGUUCCCAGCCGCCACUACUUUUCCAGGCAAGCCAUCCCUUCCCUGCACAACCAGUUGGCGGACAAAAUCAGGUGUGCACUGCGCAAUGCCAUCUGUGGCAAGGUCCACAUAACCACUGAUACGUGGACCAGUAAGCACGGGCAGGGACGCUAUAUCUCAGGGCAAAUGUGGCAGCUGGGCCUUAAGCGGAUAGCAGUUUGGCGCAUGUCCUUCCACCACCGAGGAUUGCAGGGCAUUUCUCUUUGACUCCUGUUGCCUCCUCCUCCUCCUACUCCGCUUCCUCCCGGCCUGGUGGUGUGCGAUAAUGGGCAAAAUCUUGUAGCAGCUCUGGGCCUAGCCAGUUUGAUGCACAUCCCUUGCCUGGCGCAUGUGCUGAAUUUGAUGGUGCCGAAAUUCCUGAAAAACUACCCAGAUAUACCAGAGCUGCUGCAGAAAGUGCGGGCCGUCUGUGCACGCUUUCGGCAUUCUCACACUGCCGCUGCUCGCCUGUCUGCGCUGCAGCAGAACUUCGGCCUUCCCACUCACCGCCUCAUAUGCGACACACUCGCAUAUGCUGGAGAGACUGUGCGAGCAGCAGCAGCAGGCGAUAGUGGAGUUUCAGCUGCAGCACGCACAGGUCAUUCACUCUGCACCAGACUUGCCCUCCAAUAGAUCCUCGUUAAAGGAUUUAAAGUGUACUCAUUCCAAUUACAGGGCCUCAAAAGAGUCCUGUAUUGUUAUUUUUUGUCACUACCUCCCCGCGUCGGGAGUGGGUAAUUUGCGCUCCUGCUGCCUUGUUUGGAUGUGGUAGCCGUUUAUCAGGCUCCCUCUCUGGAAUCGAACCCUGAUUACCCGUUACCCGUGGUCACCAUGGUAGGUGCAGAAAGUACCAUCAAAAGUUGAUAGGGCAGACAUCCGAAUGCGUCGUUGCCGUCACGGGGUCAUGCGAUCGGCCCGAGGUUAUCUAGAGUCACCAAAGUGCCUGCGCAACAACUGCUGAGUUGCCCACAUUCUGCUGAUUACUGGGUGGCUACCCUGCUGGUAGACGCGUUUCUGAGGGCAUUCCCAACUGACACCAGGGGCUCAGUGGAAGUACAAGGCGAAGGCAGAGGAGGAGGAAGAGGUCGCCAACGCAGCUGGGGCACCGCCAGCAUCUCAGAAGGCAGGGUUAGCAUGGCCAAAAUGUUGAAAAGCUUUGUCAGCACGCCACAACAACCAGCACCACCAGCUGAUAUGGAACGUUUUAGCAGGAGGCAGCAUUUCAGCAACAUGGUGGAACAGUAUGUGUGCACACGCCUACAUGUACUGACUGAUAGGUCUGCCCCAUUCAAUUUCUGGGUCUCCAAAUUGGGCACAUGGCCUGAGCUUGCCCUUUAUGCCUUGGAGGUGCUUGCUUGCAGCCAGGCAGCCAGUGUAUUGUCUGAACGUGUGUUUAGCACAGCAGGGGCGUUAUCACAGACAAGCGCAGCCGCCUGUCCACAGCCAACGUGGACAAGCUCACGUUUAUUAAAAUGAACCAGGCAUGGAUCCCACCAGACUUGUCUGUACCUUGUGCAAAAUAGACAUUUAUACUGGCCUCACCCAGCCAUUGUUAUACUCAAGUGCACUUAUUCUUUGUUUUCUUUUUUUAUAUGUCCCAAUAUUUUGGGGGCUACCCCAAUUGUUUGCAGGGCACUCUUACCCCCAUUUUACUUCCUUUUGCAGCCUUCUAGGCCUUUCCAGGACUUUUUUAGAGCCAUUUUAGUGCCCAAAAGUUCGGGUCCCCAUUGACUUCAAUGGGGUUCGGGUUUGGGGUCAAGUUCGAUUCCGAACUUGAACUUUUUGCCGAUGUUCGGCCGAACCCGGCGAACCCGAACAUCCAGGUGUCCGCUCAACUCUACUCAUAUUCUCUAUGCACUUAAGAUAUCUAUAGCUCGUAAUUGGAAAUCAGAUAAUCUAAUCAGAAUAGAUUAUCAAUAUACAAUGGACAAGUAGUUUUAUAGCUGAAAUGUAUCUCUCACUGAGACUCAUGGAAUCCCUGGCUUAUCUAUAGAAAUAAGGAAAAUGUACUCUAGGACAAAAACAACAAAAAACCUUGUAUAUUUACUCCCCCCAUACUCGACAUCGGGCCCCGGAUACUGCAGACUUUCAUUAUGUCUGUUUGUAUUUGUAUCUGUUUUUGUAUUUGCCACAAAACUAUGAUAAUACUGUGCUGAUAAUCUUUUGUAUGUCUUUCAUGCAUAUAAAUAUAUCGCAUGAUUACUGUUGGAAAGGUCAUUAUAAUUGAAAAAAAUAUAUAUAUAUAUUAAAAAAAAGAAGGAUUUUUUUCCUAGUUUUUUUUGCAAAAUUGGAAGUGCUUCAAAUUGGAGUUUUGCCUUCUUUUGGAUCAACAGCAAAAAUGAAGCUGUGAGAAAGGCUGAGCUUGAAGGACGCAUGUAUUUUUUCAGCCGAUAUAAUUAUGUAACUAUGUAAUGAAAAUUCCUGAAAUUCCUUCUUAAAGAACAUUAGACUUGUGCAAAACCUGCUGAAACAGAGAAGAUUUCAAACCAUCCCUGUUUGUUGGCAUGCUUAGAUACUCUCAAGUAAGCUCCUCCAAACAGCUACCAAUGAGGGAGGAGAGGCCCUGCAGAACUGAAACCUUUUACAGAAUUAAAGAAAGACCCAUAUUAUUUUGGCUUACCACCCUCCUCUCCAUAAAAUGAAUCUUAGUGUUUCUAAACAACUGUAGAUACAUUUUCCCCCACAUAAAAGCUUUUGGGGUGUGGCCCCUGGUGCCCCUAUGGACAAGCCACCGCUGCCAAAGUGUGUGAGAGGUCACUGGAACCUAUUUGUGCUGGAACAAUUAGCCAAACAGGUCAAUGGAGUUCUAGGCAUCAUAAUACCAACUAUAAUACUAUACUAUAAGUUAAUUCAAAGUAAAUUUCAUAUUUUAAGAAAGAUUGCUGAACUGGAAAAUGUCUGCUAUCCUUCUGGCUAAGUUACCUUUGAAUUAAAAAUUUACUCUAAAUUUACUUUGAACUGCAGAACCUUGUUAAUGUAUUGUUUUAAUAUUAAUUUUUAAAGUCUACAAUCCUUGGUACAUAGGAAGCCGGUAGUGGUACAUGAUGACUAACAGUUAACAGUAUCCAAUAUGAUUUUCACAGGAUUCUUUCACAGCUAGGAUUGACACGUGAUAUAGUAUUAUAUAGUGUAUUACAAAUACUUCCUGGGAAUCGAAUAAACAAGUUGAGCAUAGCUAUGAUGUCAAACAGCAGCUGGGUAUUAACAGAAAAUAAUAGUUUCCUGUUACUGUAAAUAGAUUAACUUCUUACAGGAUUCUAUUAAGUCUCUUACUAUUUUCCCUCUUUCUAUCAUUUCCUGCUCUUGAUCCCUUUCCUUCCCCACCUCUCACUCUUUCUCCCUAAAUUAAAAUCAGCAUGACCAUUAACACAGGAACCAAAAAAAAAUCUUGGGGGACAACUUGUUAUGAUAGCUAUGUGCCCAUUUAGGGAGUAUAAUGCCAUGAAUGGUUCAAUAGCCGAAUGCUUGGUUGUAUAGGGAGAGGUAUUAGCAGUAGAAAGAGGGAAGUGCUCAUGCCAUUGUACAGAACACUGGUGAGACCUCACUUGGAGUAUUGUACACAGUACUGGAGACCGUAUCUUCAGAAGCAUAUUGAUACCUUAGAGAGGGUUCAGAGAAGGGCUACUAAACUGGUUCAUGGAUUGCGGGAUAAAACUUACCAGGAAAGGUUAAAGGAUCUUAACAUGUAUAGCUUGGAGGAAAGACGAGACAGGGGGGAUAUGAUAGAAACAUUUAAAUAUAUAAAGGGAAUCAACACAGUAAAGGAGGAGACUAUAUUUAAAAGAAGAAAAACUACCACAACAAGAGGACAUAGUCUUAAAUUAGAGGGACAAAGGUUUAAAAAUAAUAUCAGGAAGUAUUACUUUACUGAGAGGGUAGUGGAUGCAUGGAAUAGCCUUCCAGCUGAAGUGGUAGAGGUUAACACAGUAAAGGAGUUUAAGCAUGCGUGGGAUAGGCAUAAGGCUAUCCUAACUAUAAGAUAAGGUCAGGGACUAAUGAAAGUAUUUAGAAAAUUGGGCAGACUAGAUGGGCCGAACGGUUCUUAUCUGCUGUCACAUUCUAUGUUUCUAUGCUUCUAAUACGUAAGUAAUACACUAACUCUCUAGGAUCUAAACCUGAAUAAACUACCUGACCUAAUCUUUAUUUUUAUAUAUAUAUAUAUAUAUAUAUAUGUGUGUGUGUUAUUUUUUUUCCUCCCAUUUUGUUUCCUCAUUGAAGGAGCUGUAUGUAUGCCUCUGAGAGAUUAGAUUUGUUAAUAAAUCAUUCCACUUACUGUAAAAAUUACUGUAAAAUGUAAUGUCUCAUCCUUUGACACUUUACUCACCUGUUGGCACAGUCAGAUUUAUUUAAUUUAGUACAUUCUACAUACCUUCUAACUUUUAAAGCAGACAAACAGGGACACUUUAAUUUUAGGGAUGUGAAUGGAGGUGUACCCAGGAGUGGGACUGUUCUGAGAAAUAGUAGAUGACUUGUUAAUAACAAUUUAUGCAGCUAAAAUGUAAUUUAGAAGUACAAUAUAUCUUAUUUACACAGACUGAUAUGUAACAUAUUUAUUUUAGUUUGAAGACACAUUAUUGCUGAGUAUCUCCUUACACCAAAAAUAUAUGGAUCUCCUAGGAAAGAGGGCCUUUAAAAUAGAAAAGAGGUACAGACCCGUUACUCUUAUCCUGUCUGAACUUUCCCUUCACAGUCAGGGCACUGGCUCUUGGCCACUAAACGAACAGAUACUCCCGAACCUUAGUUACUGUAAUCAAAGAGGAGCUGUGGGUUUACUUUGACAACAAUGAUAACACAAAUAGCAUGAUUGAAUCUAUAUGGUUAAUUAUCUCAUGGGGAAGCCGCAUACAUGCGGUCAAAAUGCUGGUGGUCCCCAAUUUACUAUAUGUUUUCUGAACACUGCUAAUAUAAUAAUAUCACCUAUCCUUCCUUCCUCACUGAAAUGCACUGAAAUAUAAUCCAUUCUUACAUCUGAGUGAUGAUGAGAGCCGGUUUUUCCCAUAAAAUGUUUCAGCAACCCUCAUCUCGUGGAGGCUUGGAAGUCCCUGAUGUGGGCUCAUACCUUAAAGUGCCUAAUUUUGCCCAGACUAUUGCACUCCACGUCUCUAAGAAGACCCUUCAGUGAGUGGACAUGGAGACAUAUCCUGAUAUCCAGAAGUCCUCUCCCCUCCUUUUGCAUGCUUUGUGAACACCUAAACACUUUAAAAAACAGAUUUUCGGUCCUUUCUUCAUUACAAGACUAUCCAUUGUUAUAUGUGAAUGUCAUGCGUAGACUGGGCUCCUCUGCAGUAUUCUCCCCACUAUUGCACUACCAGUUCUAUAGGUGGUUACCCCAGACCUGCACAUAACUCAGUUUUUCCAUUUUUCAUGGCCUUCUAGACAUAUAUAUUAUUACCUUCAUCGUAAAAGUGUACUUUUAAAAUGUGUCAACCUGCAGUGGCACAGCCAAAUGACACAGCAUCACUGUUAUGUUAUAAUGCUCUUAUGACCUAGCAGCCACACAAAUCCUGGUAUUAUGCUACAGUGGGACAGGGAUUGUGGGGUGGAGUAUGAUGUUGAUCAGUGGAUGAAGUUGCCUAAUAGAUUGAAACAUAGAAACAUAGAAACAUAGAAUGUGACGGCAGAUAAGAACCAUUCGGCCCAUCUAGUCUGCCCAAUUUUCUAAAAACUUUCAUUAGUCCCUAGCCUUAUCUUAUAGUUAGGAUAGCCUUAUGCCUAUCCCAUGCAUGCUUAAACUCCUUUACUGUGUUAACCUCUACCACUUCAGCUGGAAGGCUAUUCCAUGCAUCCACUACCCUCUCAGUAAAGUAAUACUUCCUGAUAUUAUUUUUAAACCUUUGUCCCUCUAAUUUAAGACUAUGUCCUCUUGUUGUGGUAGUUUUUCUUCUUUUAAAUAUAGUCUCCUCCUUUACUGUGUUGAUUCCUUUAUAUAUUUAAAUGUUUCUAUCAUAUCCCCCCUGUCUCGUCUUUCCUCCAAGCUAUACAUGUUAAGAUCCUUUAACCUUUCCUGGUAAGUUUUAUCCCGCAAUCCAUGAACCAGUUUAGUAGCCCUUCUCUGAACCCUCUCUAAGGUAUCAAUAUCCUUCUGAAGAUACGGUCUCCAGUACUGUGUACAAUACUCCAAGUGAGGUCUCACCAGUGUUCUGUACAAUGGCAUGAGCACUUCCCUCUUUCUACUGCUAAUACCUCUCCCUAUACAACCAAGCAUUCUGCUAGCAUUUCCUGCUGCUCUAUUACAUUGUCUGCCUACCUUUAAGUCAUCAGAAAUAAUCACCCCUAAAUCCCUUUCCUCAUAUGUUGAGGUUAGGACUCUAUCAAAUAUUCUGUACUCUGCCCUUGGGUUUUUACGUCCAAGAUGCAUUAUCUUGCACUUAUCCACAUUAAAUGUCAGUUGCCACAAUUCUGACCAUUUUUCUAGUUUACCUAAAUCAUUUGUCAUUUGGCUUAUCCCUCCUGGAACAUCAACCCUGUUACAUAUCUUAGUAUCAUCAGCAAAAAGACAUACCUUACCAUCAAGACCUUCUGCAAUAUCACUAAUAAAAAUAUUAAAGAGAAUGGGUCCAAGUACAGAUCCCUGAGGUACCCCACUGGUGACAAGUCCAAGCUUUGAAUAUAUUCCAUUAACUACAACCCUCUGUUGCCUGUCAUUCAGCCACUGUCUUACCCAUUCAACAAUAUUGGAAUCCAAACUUAAAGAUUGCAGUUUAUUGAUAAGUCUUCUAUGUGCAACAGUGUCAAAAGCCUUACUGAAAUCUAGGUAAGCAAUGUCUACUGCACCACCCUGAUCUAUAAUUUUAGUUACCCAAUCAAAAAAAUCAAUAAGAUUAGUUUGGCAUGAUCUCCCUGAAGUAAACCCAUGUUGUCUCUGAUCUUGAAAUCCAUGUGUUUUAGAUGUUCAUCAAUCCUAUCCUUUAACAUGGUUUCCAUCACUUUCCCCACUACUGAAGUAAGGCUUACUGGCCUAUAGUUGCCCGACUCCUCCCUAUUACCUUUCUUGUAAAUGGGCACAACAUUCGCUAACUUCCAAUCUUUUGGGACUACUCCUGUUAACAAUGAUUGGUUAAAUAAAUCUGUUAAUGGUUUUGCUAGUACACCACUAAGCUCUUUUAAUAGCUUUGGGUGUAUUCCAUCAGGUCCCAUUGACUUAUUUGUCUUUACUUUUGACAGUUGAAAUAGAACCUCUUCCUCUGUAAACUCACGUGUAAUAAAUGACUCAUUUAUCCUUUUUCUCAACUGAGGUCCCUUUCCUUCAUUUUCUUCUGUAAAUACAGAAAAAAAAAUAUUCAUUGAGGCAGUCAGCCUGGUCUUUAUCCUCUUCUACAUACCUUCCUUCUUUUGUUUUUAAUCUAACUAAUCCUUGAAGGGCAUUACUUGGUGCUAUAGCCACGUCGAGACACACAGGACAUUUUUUUACAGAUGAUACUAGACACCAUUUAUAUGUGCAUGACCUUCCAUUCCAUCUUUUCCUUUAACCAGCAAGCCUUAGCAACUCAUUUCAUCUCUCAAAUAGAAGAGCCAAAAAAAACCUCUAUCCAAGAUAUAGUAGAUCAGCCGAAUACCAAUUGCUCAUAUGAUAUUAUGAUUGCUCACGGAAUCCCAACCACCACCCACCAGGUGGAAAAAAUCUGGUCCCCAUGGUAAGAACCCUACGGUACCCAAGGCAUUUACACAGCCCGCAAAAUUGAGUGCCCAUUCAAUUUACACUACGGACUGCACUGUUAUAACCACUGUGAAGAUACUUACCUUAUCCGGGGGUCGGCUGGGGUCCUCAGCUCUUCUUUGUAACCGGUUCACCAGGCUUUAUUCUCCCCCUCCUCCUGUCUCUGUUUAUGGCCAGAAGGAGUAUGAGGUGGCUGCUGUGCUUGUUUCCCCUCCAAUACUUGGUCCAUUGGAAGGGAUAUGGUGCAGAGGAGUGCAGUUGGGUUUCUGUGGCUGAUAUUCAUGCCCCUUGCCUUCUAUGUUCAUUCCAUUCCCGCUUUCCUGCCCAGCCUGGUUCUUCUCGCCCGGUGAACGUGUCGGUGGGGUGGGGGUGGGGGGGGAGGUACUGUGGCAGUACUUACAUUAUCCGGGUUCCUCCACAUGAGACAGGCGUGGCUCGAUCUCCUCUUCUGAGCGGGAGGCGUGCACUGACUGUGCACUGACAGUGAGCGAACACAUGGCCCGCCUCGCACUAGGAGCGCGGCUCAUGUCAUGACUGCGCUCUUAAAGGGGCAGUGGGAUCCACAAGUGGGUUCAGGUUCCCUUUGGCCCACGUCAUUCCGGCACCCUCACACACAAAAUUUUAAUUAAAGGCUAUUUAAUCUUCCCUAGACCUACCCACUUUGCCCUAUCGUGGUUUCUGUUUUAAUACUCUUUAGUGCGUUCUUUGAUCUAUUGUGUUCAUUCUGGUAUUGACCUUGGCUUUGUUCCUGACUCUGAGUUUUUCUUUAACUCUUUCCUGUCUUGUUUGCCCGUCUGACUGAUAACUGUGUACCUGACUCUGGCUAGUUCUCAUUUUCGCUGUCUUUCCGUUACCCUGACCUUGGCUUGUCUCUGAUUACGCUUUAUCUCUGUCUGACGUUUAGACCGGCCAUUCUAAGGCCCAGUAAUUCAUUAUAUCCUAGUCUUGUCCCUUGCUAUGCUAAACUCUGUGUGUUGGGGUAUUACACUGUGACAUCCACUAUGGUGACAACUCUGUGCUUGCUCCACUCAGUGGCAGGCUUGGAGUGCCUCGUGCCUCAGGAGGCUAAUGUUAUGUUGUGCCAUACAAUGUAGAUGAGUCUAAUGAGGCUAUACAAAAAAACCAAACAAAAAAACCCCACACAAUAAAGAAGAAGAAGAAUUGAGUAAGACCUGAGCUGCUGCUGACACUAUAGGAAACCCACUCCCUACUUAUGAACAAAUAAACAUACAAAGCGUAAGCUGUGAUAAAAUUAUCAAUAGCUAUUGCCUAAGUGGUUUUCCUGCUCGGAAAAUAUUUGCUGUUACAGUGAAAGAUAAAUUGCUGGAUGGCACAGGAUGUCUCAAGGAGAACAUUGCCCAUCACUGCCCCAUAGUGGUAGGAUUACAGAUUGCUUUUGUUCAGGUGUAUUCACUAUCUCAUUGAUGUGUACACACACACACACACACACACUUUGAUUUAUUACAUAUUAACUAUUCCUAAUAUUACCUAUUAUACAGGCAAUAUAAAUAAAAUAUUGAAUGAUGCAAUUUGGGUCACUUACAACUGAGCUUUCCCCCAGUCUUCUAUUAUUUAAAACAGCAUUAAUCUGGCAUUGUAGCUUGUAUCACUCUGUAGUUAUUUAACUAGUAUUUAUAUAGCGGCUUUCUCCCAGUGAAAUUCAAAGCACUUUUUAGUGCAUGCUGAAUAAUAAUUGAUGUUAUUAGUUGUCUCCUUACUUUCUGGUAAAUGUUAAUCACUGUCUUUAAAGGACCACUCUAGGCACCCAGACCACUUCAGCUUAAUGAAGUGGUCUGGGUGCCAGGUCCAGCUAGGGUUAACCCAUUAUUUUAUAAACAUAGCAGUUUCAGAGAAACUGCUAUGUUUAUAAAUGGGUUAAUCCUUCCCCCAAAUCCUCUAGUGGCUGUCUCAUUGACAGCUGCUAGAGGCACUUGCGUGAUUCUCACUGUGAUUUUCACAGUGAGAGCACGCAAGUGUCCAUAGGAAAGCAUUGAUAAUGCUUUCCUAUGCAACCGGCUGAAUGCGCGCGCAGCACUUGCCGCGCGUGCGCAUUCAGCCGACGGGGAGGAACGGAGGAGGAUCAGAGGAGGAGAGCUCCCCACCCAGCGCUGGAAAAAGGUAAGUUUUACCCCUUUUCCCCUUUCCAGAGCCGGGCGGGAGGGGGUCCCUGAGGGUGGGGGCACUCUCAGGGCACUAUAGUGCCAGGAAAACGAGUAUGUUUUCCUGGCACUAUAGUGGUCCUUUAAUACUGUCCUAUAAUUACCAUCAAUAUUUGCUUAUCAUGCGAAUGUCAUACCUUACCAUUCAACACUCAAUUGAACUUUUCUAUAUAGUUAUUCUCUACACAACGGGUUUGUACUUCCUAGAUGUCACUUUUUAGGAUGGACAGUCCAUAUAAGAGAUACAAAUUACUUUUUGUACCCAAAUGUUUGUCCAUUCAAACAGUAUUUUUGAGUGUUUUAUUGUGUAGCAAAGCUACACAGCAAUAAUUUUGCACUCAUUUAAACUGCAGAGAAUAUGUUAGAAAAUAUAUUGGUGUAGGUCACAUUAUAUUUUGGAUGUGUCCUAAAGUCAAAAGUGUCCCUCUUUAACUUUUUGCAAUGCUGGGCAGUAUAUGAGUUCAACCAAUACGAAUUUAGGCUACCAUAACCACUUUGUGUAAUUUUUCCAGCUUGUCUAAUUUAGUGACAAAUUUCAAUUAUUUCUUCUACAGGUGAUGACUGAAAACUACAACUCAAAAAAAAUCUACAGAGACAGGACCCACAACGGUCAACACAGUGACGAAAGGUAUCUACAGUGGACAAGGAAAGACCAUGAAUGUGGAAAAUUAUGACACCAAAGAUAUAAAGUAUUAACUUUUUCCUAAACAAACCCAGCUAAUAAGGCUGGAUGGUGCCAGGAAACCCCUCGAGAAGAGGCUUGCUUUAUAUACAGAAGGUCCACAAUGCACUGUGAGUCUCCUUGAAGAAACUUGUGAAUGUUACUGAGUAAGUUUACUCCGUUUUACUGGGGUUUUUUGGACUCAUACGCUUUGUUAUGAUGAAUGGACUAUGGUAAUUGAGAGACAUUGGAACGCAAGAAUCCUAAGGUCACAUGCUCCUGCAUCUUACGAGAAUUGUACCAUUUGGUUUUGCAUCUUCAGUAUCCAGGAAAUGGCAUCAACUGCUACGGUUUCAGUAUUCUUGUUUCAACUUGCUUGAACUUGUUCACUACCCAGCACGUUUUAAUUAAAACAUAUUAGCAUACCAUUUACUUAAAGCAAGGGGUGCUUAGCUUGUAUAUAAACACAGCAAUUUUAUAUAAAGAUUGCUUUACAGACAAACUUAGAAUUGUGUUUUUUUGACAGCAAAAUUUUCUCACAUACAAUAAAUCACAAUGGUCAAAUACCUUGCUUACAGGUUUUUGCAAGGAUCUAGCAGUGCAUUACUAGCAGUGCAGCUUACGGAAAAUGUCAACAUAAUGUAAAAUUUAUAUAUAUAUAAUAUAAUAGAUCAUUCAAAUUUUGUCAUAAAAAAAUUAGAAUUCAGUAGAAUAUUACUGUUUAAAGGAACAAAGCAUUAAAACGAUAUAUUUUUUAUAUUCCUAUAAAAGACAAAACUUUAUACAAGAUGUGCACAUUUAGUUUUUUCUUUGUCAUAGAAAGACUGGUAACCAAAGAUGUGUAUUUUUUUGAUACAUUCACCUCACUUUGCACCCUUCUGUUAGCUUUACAAUUCCUGUCGGUGGAGAAGAGUUUAAUUGUCAAACUGUGAAUUAUAGUGAUCUAGAAAUUUUAGGCCUUCGUUGCCAUACUUGAAAAAUUCUCAAACCACAACUGUGGCGAAACCAACCUCGCCACUGUACACUGGAGAAGCCUGGUUGCUCGCCUGCUGCCUUUGUACUAUGGCCCCAUGUUAAAAGACAUCUUUUUCCCUGCAGAAAAGACUUAUUCGUGCUUUUCUGCCGGGUGUUCGGUAGAUUUGUUUGAGUGUGUUGUACCCCAGAUAGGAAUCCCAUGGAGCCCAUUCGCAUGAAACUGACUGUGUAAAGACUUUGGCUCCAUGGCGUUUAAACUGUAUUCGUGUGGUCUGAGCACCAUUCGCUUAAUAAUGUGCGCUCAGACCUGAGCUAUCUGGGGAUAUGUAGAACGUAUAUGUUUUAUGUACUGAAUGUAACUGUAGGUAAUUUUAUGUCUUUUACUGUUUGUUUUCUGCCAUGUGGUUAAUGGAGUUUUGCCUCUGUCUUUGGAGAUAAUUGAAUUACUUCUCAAUUAUCUCCAGAGCAGAGAGGAGGGAUUGUGAUGCAUUGUGGGAUGGUUAAAAUGUGUAAGUCUGUGAUUGGUCCUUUUACCCUUUGUGUCCCAGUCUCCCAUUUGGUCCCCUAGGGGAGUGUCCACCAGGUGGGAGACCUGCAUAAAAGCCGGGCAGUUAGCCCCAGUAAAUCAGUUCCUGCUUAACCCUCAAAGUGAAGUGUCGUCUCAUUAUUGGGGGAGGAUUUAUUGUAUGCUGUUCCAGUUUGAUUGCCAAGAGUGUAAGCUGGUUGUAUGCUUUUCCUGUUCAGCUGUUUCCAGUAUUCGUGAGUUUCCUGUUCAGGAGUUGGAGAAUUCGUGUAGUUUGCAGUUCGGGAGAUUGGUGCUUGCAGUAGCUGUCUGUGCAUCUGAAAGGGGAAUAUCGCCUAAACGGUUUUUAACCUCUUGUGUGCGAAACGGUCCGUUACAACAACUAUUUUCCUGGCUUUGUUAUAAUGGGUUAAGCUUUCUAGGGGAUCUCUUCUUUAGUAAUACAAUCAUGUAAUUCUAAUGAUUUCCCCCCCAGAAUUUUUAUUUCUGUAGUCAAACUUAAAUAAAAUGUACUCACCUUUUAGUUCUUACUUUGGCAAGCUCAGUGAAUCCAGUGUUUCUCCAUGAAGAGACAUGGCUGGGAGCCUACUGCUCCGCUGCUCCACAGAGCAUCUACUACUAGAGAUGCAUUACACAAUAGCAUCAGCAUCAGACCUUUAAAUAUUGCACAACUGUAAGGAGGAAGUGCCUUUAGUGGCUGUAUGGUGUUCUUACAGAUUGAGGUAAACACUGCAUUUUCACAAACACUGCAUUUUUUUUUACAAACGCAAUACCGCAUGGACAGGCAUCUUACACCAAAAUCACUAUGUUAAGAUAUGGUAGCACUGGAACUCAGAAAGUCCCUUUAAACUUCAUCCAAAAUUUCCAGUUUAGUAAAUAAACCAACCGGGCUGUCACAUGGCUCAGCUAAUAUUCCCUUUUCCAAAUUAGAUAGAAUCCCUGUAUUUGCAUCUAUUUCUUUUAUAUGUUUUCUAAUUUCUUAUUCAUUUUCCACCUUGCUAUCCUGUUGUACUUUGUUUAUUUAUACCUUUCAUUUUUAUGAUAUUCCUAAUAGUUACCUUUUUACAUUGUUGAGGAACUGCUACCCACUACCUCAUACACACCGAUGUAUGUACAAAUUUAUAACAAUUCAGUUCAUACAUCGUCAUUACUGCCUCUCUGUGCCAACAGAACACAAAAAAAAGGUUUCUUUAAUUUAUAAAACAAAUUUAAAGUAUGAAGUUUGUCCAGAAUUGAAACCUGAAAGACGAAUUUGCCAGAGUGUGCAGAUUUAUUUAUAUAACAGAGUCUUUGCUUGAGGAUAUGACCUGUUUCUGUAUUUUAUUUUUAUCUCUUUUUGUGUUAAAUAGUUUUUAUUUUGCUAGUAAAUUAAAAGCAAACAUAUUGCAAAUUAUUGGAAAUAUCGCAUGGUUGUCUACACAGAGGCGUAUAAGUUGAAAUAAGUAGACUUAUGGAUAAUAAUAAUACAAAACGAGUAUGCGGAUAACUUGCGUGAUCAUAUAAAUAAAGCGUAGCAUGUUACAGUGUGUGUGAGGAAAUAUGUUUCCGAUGUUAGGACCGCCCUGGCGAUCAGACUUCUGAAGCAUGGUGCACAGAAAACAUUCAGCGUUCAUGUAUCAAUGUGUGGCAAAGAUUAUAUAGGCAAUUAUCGAAUCAUCAAUCUAAUACGGAGCAGUAUUUUAGCCUGAGAUCAAUGACGUGAACAGCAAUAACGUGAACUGUACUAAUAACAGGCGUCUAAUUCCAUCAGAUGCAGUAUUGAACAGUGUGUAACAGCGUAAUAACUAAUAUAUAUGUGGUGUUAGCUAGACGUGUGGUGGAGUGUUACAUUGGGGAUUUUGUCCAGGAUCAUAAACUACUAUAUCCCGAAUUGAGUGCUGAUACUUAGGCUUAGGAUGUUAGCAUUGCCAUGGUUAAUGAAUCAGCGGAUAGGCAAGGCUCGAAAGAGAAUGUCUACUCGCCUGAGCUUCCGGUUUUUCAUGGUUAGGCUUCUGGUGGCCUGUGGCCUGUGUGGCAGUGGUGAUCGCUUUCGUCUGGUCAAACUGGGUAUCCCCGCAGAGGUGAAGCCACAUGCGGUGCAGCUAGGGUGAGUCAUGGUUUCAGCAGUCAGUGUGGAUUGCGCGUAGUGGUAGUGAGCGUAUUCGCACUGUCCCUGGCAUGGGGAAGGCGGGGGUAAUGUACCAGAGGGUGAAGACUUUGUAUGCGUUUUCUUGUAGUCUUGCCGACCUUGGUCUUUUUUGGGACGUGGGUGAUGAUUUUGUCCCAGUCAGCCUCUGACAGUGUUUCAUCAAGGUCUUCUUCCCACUGUCUGAUGCAUGGUGGGGCUAGUAUUGGUCUAUUGCCAGUGUGGCGUAGAUCAAGGAGAUUGCUUUUGGCAGUUCCAUUUCCUGAAGGCACAGGGAUUUGAACUCCAUUCGAUCCAGAAGUAUGUAGGGUUUUUGAGGGAUUGAGCUGGCGUAGUGCGAUAUUUGCUCUCUCGCCAGAGUGUGUAGAAAUGUGUGUUGCCAUUCUGAGAAGAGGGCAGUUAGGGGGCGAAUUCUGAAUGGUUUUAAUAGCACAUUGGCAAUGCGGAGUAUUGUGUUGCAGUUUGUCAGAUUUGGAGUAGUUGAUUUGUAGAUUGGAUAUGCUGCUAUAGGUGUCGAAAUCUGUUGUGAUCGCCUGUAGGGAUGUAGUCGGGUCCCUUACUAUGAAGAGGAGGUCGUCUGCAUAGGUGAGAACUUUGUGGUGUGUCUGACCCAGUUCCAAACCACGUAUAUUCUCGUUGCAUCUGAUGUUUUUCAGGAAGGAUUCCAGGGUUAGUGUCGAAUUCUGUUGUGAUCGCCUGUAGGGAUGUGGUCGGGUCCCUUACUAUGAAGAGGAGGUCGUCUGCAUAGGUGAGAACUUUGUGGUGUGUCUGACCCAGUUCCAAACCACAUAUAUUCUCAUUGCAUCUGAUGUUUUUCAGGAAGGGUUCCAGGGUUAGUGCGAAUAGCAGGGGCAACAAUGGGCAGACCUGGCACACCCCAUUGUGUAUUUGGAACGGGUCCGACAGAGCCCCGUUGAUCUGUAGUCGUGCUGUUGGGCACAUGUAUAGUGCUUCCACCCAAGUGAUGUAUUUGGGUACGAUGUCUAUGCUCCGGAGUGUAGCAAACAUGAGUCUCUAGUCCACCCGAUCAAAAGCCUUCUCGGCACCUGUUGAGAGGAUUAGGGUCGGACGCUUGGCCCAUCUGGCCACGGAGAUCAAGUUUAUUGCCCAGAUGGUGUUGUCCCAGACCUCCCGACCCGGGAUGAAGCCCGUUGAUCUGGGUUUACCAGGUUGGGAAGUAGGGGGGCCAAGCAAUUGGCCAGAACACUAGCAAGCAGUUUGAUAUCGACGUUGAGGACCGAGAUCGGGUGGUAGCCUUGGCAUAGAUUCGGGUUCUUACACUCUUAGGGAGUAGAGUGAUGUUCAUGGGCGUGAAUUGGGCCGAGGGGUCAUCCAUUCUAGGAUGGAGUUCAAGGCCGUUUGGAGUUUCGGAAGGAAAUUUGGUAGGAAGGUCUUGUAGUAUAGAAGAGGUAGGCCGUCAGGGCCUGCAGAUCUGCCCGUCUUCACUUUUUUGAUAGCGAGCGCCAAUUCUUCCUUUGAAAUGGGGGUCUUCAAUCUGGGAUAGUCAAGAUGUAGCAAGGUAGACCCGGAGGUCGUCUCUCCUGCGGGUUGCAUCAUUGUCUAGUGUGCCUUGACGUAUAUGAUACAGUUCUUUGUAGUAUUGGAGGAAUGUGGCUGAGAUUUGUCCCGGGAGAUGAUGGAUCUGCAUUCGGUCUUUAAUUUUGGGAAUGUAUUCUUGGGUUCUGCGUUGCUUUAGUAGAUUAUCUAGGAGACUUCCUUUAUCUCUUUUUGGAAUGGUUUAUUUACUAGUACUCACUGCAGAGCAAAUGUUAAAGUUACUAUAAAGACAGGAGUGCAGACGUGAAUGGGGCCAUCAUGGCUGUACAACCCUUGAAAUAAAGGCAAUCCCUUUGCUAACUAUCUAGAUGUAAACUACAAACAUUCAUUUUGCUUAAAGAGGUCAUGCAUAUACUUUUUAAAAAUAUCAAGUCAGCUACACUUAUAAAUAUUGGCCACUAGAGGGCAGUGCAGGACUGUAUUCCUUAGUGUAUAAACUGAAAUCCAGUCUUCUUCCUAAAUGAAGCACAAAUUAUAUUUACGUAGAACUUCGUUUUGACACUACAUUUGAUAAAAGCUUUUAUUGACAUUAUAUAUCUAUUAGUCAAAAAUGGGGUACUAUAACACCUACUGUACUACUUUGUUAGUGCCUUAUAAAUAAAUAUAACUGCUAAUCUGAGCAUGCAAUAUUCAGUAUAUUGUAUGCCAAAUAAACUAUAAAUAGAACCAGUCAUAUCUUCUUUAUUAUAGUCUUGCACCUUGUAUUGUCCUGCUUAUACGUGGGGAAACAAUAUUUAUAGAAGCGCACCAUGGCAAUGAUCUAAUGUUCAAAAUUUGAUUGGGUGUUAAAUGGAAAAAUGAUAUUACCUUAUUAGAAAAUAAACAGUAAAUAUAUUAAUAUAUACCAUAUCACUCCCUACAGUUCAACAUUUCAACACUAGGUCCUUUUUAAGGGGAUCUCUCAUUGUGUAGUGCAUACCUGCUUUUAAAAAGCUCAAAAUCAUCGCACUGGAAAGACUUGAAAAUACCAAUAAAAAAAGUUUUAAAAAGCUGUCAGGUAUACACACGUACAUUUUAGUAAAUAAUUAUAAAUAUAAGACGGAUAAUUAUUUACCACCCUGUAGGCAUGCACAGGUUUUUAGCCCCAUAAGGAUGGAUUUGAUGGUACACGUUCUGUUCAAAACAAAAUAAAAACAAAAGUAUGUUAAUCCAUAAUUUACCUAUUUCAUAUUAUAUGCACCCACACUUCUUGUGUAUCAUUUUGUUCAGGAAAAACAGGGCUUUCAUCACAUCAAAUAUUUAGAUUUGUAACAUAAUUGAAUAUGAAUAAAAUCUAAAGAAAUGUGAGAAAUUAAAGGGACACUCCAGGUACCCAGACCACUUCUGCCCAUUGGAGUGGUCUGGGUGCCAACUCCCACUACCCUUAACCCUGCUAGUGUAAUUAUUGCAGUUUUCAUAAAAACAGCUGGACCCAGCACACCAUACAGUUCUGAGAGGCCCGUCAUGAUAUAUGGACUUGUGAAGAUGCCCUAGCACCCUAUUACCCGCGUGGUCUUUGGUUGGAGAAGCAAACAGUGCUUCUAACCAAAGAUUAUUAAAAGAUGGCCACCCCCAUGGAAUAAAGAUAAGUCAGGAGAUGUACUGUAUAUGUGUUCUCUAUAAAAUAAUACACGCAGAGGCUAUAAUACAUGCAAGCUUUAAUUUUAAAUAAUAUAAAAAAAUUUGAAUGUUUUUCUUUAAAAGACUGUGGCAACAUUAUUAAACUAACUAUAAUAAUGUGCAUGAUCACAGAGUCUGGUAUGUCACUUUAAGGGUAGUUACAGCUAGGAGAACUUGGAGUUAUGGAUUCUUUAUGAUAACUCGAGCUGGAGUUAGAGGGCUUAAGGUCAAGACUUUGGUGGUGCCUGCUUUCAAGAUGCACAAGAUGCUAACAUUUUAAAUGUAUAUACAUGAAAAGUAUUCCUGCAUAUUAUAUUAAAAUAUAAUUAGAUUAUUUUAUAUUGUAAAAUAUAUAUAUAUAUAUUUAUAUAUAUAUAAUGUCCAGACUGCCCAUUCAGCAAGUUCUCAUCCAGAGCCUUAUCGUGUUAUAAAAGCUCGAUCUGCUCUAGAAAGGAAGCAAAAUUGGAGUUGGGUCCACAGCACAGAGCUGGCAAUUUGGUCUCUUUUGUGGUUGAUAAUUACCCAGUACUCAACAAACCCUCACUUCUCAGCACCAGCUUUUCAACUGGGUGCAAUUUGCUGCUUUUUUAUCUCUUGUGGCAGCCGCAGAAGCAGUAGCAGGAUUCAGACUCCCCCCGCCCCCCUCUGCCUCCAUACAAUUACCUCUUCCGAUUAAUAAGGAGUGUGUCCGUCUGACAGAGAGGGGCUAUUCUGCAGCGGACAAUGUCCUCUAUACACAGAGCGGGUGGCUAUUUUGGAAACGCAUUAGAUGCUGCUUCAGCCUUUUAUACGCAGGUGGAUUUAUGCAUUGCUCCCUGCCAUUUCAAAAAUCCCAUUUAUUAUUUGUAUUUAGUCCAUUUCUCCCCUCCAACUAAACUUUCUGACCCUAUUAUUUCUCCGAGCAGUAAUUCUGAACAGCAAAUGAUUAAGUGGGUCAGCCUGCCCUAUUCAGCACAUUUGCCCUCUGCAGCAGGAGAUCAGUAUGAUAGUUGAUAACAAAUUUGUUCUCCAAAUUAUCAGUGUUCUGUUAUCCAAAAUGAACUGUGCCUUUCCUGCCUGAAUUCAUUCGUAUGGUUUUUGCUGCUGCGCAGAUGGACUUUCUAAAUAAAAGAAAAUCCUUUGGAAUAUGACGCAUUAAAAGAGGAGACUAUAAUCUUGAAUCUAAGGGGAAAGAUGUGACUGGCCCUUUAACCCAUUAAAUGCACACCUGCUAUGAAUAUACGUGGGAAUUUCGUAAGCUAACAAUAAAACCCUGAAAUUAUUUGUUUCGAUAAACACUCUAUAGCAAGCAUAGGCAACCUUUGGCACUGUAGAUGGUUUGGACUACACCUUCCAUGAUGCUUUGCCAUCAUUAUGGGUGUAAGAGCAUUAUGGGGGAUGUAGUUCACAACAUCUGGAGUACCGAAGGUUGCCUAUCCCUGCUCUAAAGCAAAGAUUACAGACCUGGACUUUCAAGAUGUUAUAUGCAAAAGUUUUUACCACCAACCUUAAAAUGUAACUGGUAGAUAGUUAUAGAUACUUUAGACAUAUAAGAUAUUCUUGAUAGCAUAGAAUCAAUGAACAGAAUCCCAACUACUCAUCCGCUGAGAUCAGAGGGCGGGUGGUGGGAUAGAGAGCUCAGACUAUACAAUCUAAAAGAGAAAAAAAUAACCUUUAUUAAUAACUAGAUCAUAAUUACUGAGACUAAAAAGAAAAACAGAAAUCCACCACACGUGUAACAUUUCUGGGGUCUGGCCGAGAAAAGCGAGAGUAGAGGUAAAGGUACAGGAAAAGAUAGCGAGAUAGAUGGUAUCCAACAAUUAGGUACAGGACAGAGCUGGAUUAUUGAGAGAAAACAAUUCCCUAUAGAAAUAACCCAAAUGCAGGUAAGGAGAAUGGGAAUAAAAAAGUCCAUGCUUCCCUCAUUUAUGCAUACGUUAGAACCAAAGCCUAGGUACGGAAAAAAAAAAGAAAAAGAAAUAGGGACACAUGGGCUAAAUGUCUAUCUACCAUAACCACUGGAGACUAGAAAAAAUAAAAACAGCAAACAAGCAUAAAGUAUAUAAGCUAUCUACUGUCCCUGAUUACCUCGGCACCACAGAAGGCUAGUGCCUACCUAAACCAAAGACCUUCAGAGUACCUAAAUUACUAAAAAAGAAUAAGAAUAAGGUGCAUAGUACUACCCUAAAAAGGUGUAGUAAAAAAUAAUGUGAAGUGAAAGAAACGCCCGAUGCGUGUUUCGACGUGUAAAUACGCGUGUAGGGGCAGAAUCAGCAACGCCGUCUAGGUGAGUUAAAUACCCUGCUCACUAAUUAGCCAUGUGUGUCUAAGCUAAUCGUGGGCUCAUCUCAUAAUUAGGGAGCCAAUCGGUGCAACGAAGUAUGAUCCAGGGGGAGGUAGCAACAGUGCCAGCUAAACAUCAAACAUGUGGCCACAGAAAAGUCACACCUUCCGUAUAGACAGACGGUUAUUGGUUUUUACUCUGUGUCAAUCAACUCAAAGAGGGCGAGCUCAAACUUUGGAGUCUCCCUGUGUGAAGAAAUAGAUCAAAUAAAGAAGGGGUGUGUUUAUCACUGGGUUCAUUAACCCUGAUUGAGCCAGGCAAGGCAAAGUCGCAGGAUAACACUUAUAACUCUUAUAUCCCUAAUCCUCCCUGAAAUGAAUUGGACUCAAGCUCCCCUCCCUAAAGGCGUGACCGUGGCAUGUAAACCAAGUGGUCACAGACUAAAGCUAGGACCAAUAAAGCGCAUGAGGGCGGCAGUGGCGGACUAAGGGGUGGUGGAGGGGGCGGUCCGCCCCAGGUGCCACCAAGUAGGGGAGUGCCAUGACCCUGGUCUGAGGGCUAAUAGUGGAUGUGUGAGCUGCGCCCCAUGGCAGCUGGGGUGUCGCACAGCUCAUACGGAGAGACUAAUUGCUGAACUAGCCACACGGAAAGAAGGGGCAGAGCUACGGUCGUUUGGGGGUGGGGCCAAUCCAAGAGCAGGGGCGGGGCUUAACACUGCCCUUACCCACUGCUGUUACGGCUGCACAUGGAGGUGCAGCAAGAAGAAAUCCCAGCUCCUCCACCUACCAGGCUCCAGGGAAGGACUUCAGGCCAGGCAAUCCACUCCUCCAGCCCACACUGUCUGUAAGUGUGAGUGUGUGUGACUGUCUCUCUGUAACUGUGUGUGUGUUUAACUGUCUGCCUGUAACUGUGUGUGUGUGUGUGUGUAUAACUAUCUGCCUGUAACUGUGUGUGUGUGUGUGUUACUAUCUGCCUGUAACUAUCUGCCUGUAACUGUGUGUGUGUGUGUUACUGUCUAACUGUGUGUGUGUGUGUGUGUGUGUGUGUAACUGUCUGCCUGUAACUGUGUGUGUGUGUGUGUAACUGUCUGCCUGUAACUGUGUGUGUGUAUGUGUGUGUAAUUGUCUGCCUGUAACUGUGUGUGUGUGUGUUACUGUCUGCCUGUAUAACUGUGUGUGUGUAUGUGUGUGUAACUGUCUGCUUGUAACUCUGUGUGUGUGUGUGUGUGUGUGUGUGUGUAAUGGUCUGCCUGUAACUGUGUGUGUGUGUGUGUAACUGUCUGCCUGUAAAUGUGUGUGUGUGACUGUCUGUAACAGUGUGUGUGUGUGUAACGGUCUGCCUGUAACUGUGUGUGUGUGUGUGUGUGUGUGUGUGUGUGUGUAACGGUCUAAUUGUAACUGUGUGUGUGUAACUCUCUGCCUGUUACUGUGUGUGUCUAUGUGUGUGUGUAACGGUCUGCCUGUAACUGUGUGUGUGUGUGUAACGGUCUGCUUGUAACUGUGUGUGUGUAACUCUCUGCCUGUUACUGUGUGUGUCUAUGUGUGUGUGUAAUGGUCUGACUGUAACUGUGUGUGUGUGUGUGUGUGUAACUGUCUGCCUGUAACUCUGUGUGUGUAACUGUCUUCCUGUAACUGUGUGUGUGUGUGUGACUGACUGUGACUGUGUGUGACAGUCUGCCUGUGACUGUGUGAUGCUGCCUGUAACUGUGUGUGUGUGGCUGUAACUAUGUGUAUGACUGUCUGCCUUUGACCGUGUGUGUGACAUGUAUAUGUGACUGUCUGCCUGUAUCAGUGUGCGUCACUGUGUGUUACUGCUUGUAACUGACUGUGUGUGUAACUCUCUAUCUGUAACUGUGUGUAUGACUGCCUGUGACUAUGUGAUUAUAUGUGUGACUGUCUGCAUGUGACUGUGUGCGUGCGACUUUGUGCUUGUAACUUUGUGUGACUGUCUGCCUGUAACGGUGUGUGAGGGGGUGCAGGGAUUUUGUAGAAGGGGCAGAGGUUUUAAAAGGUUUACAAAUUUGAGUAAUACAUCUUUAAAAAUGUAAAAAAUAACACAUUUUAAAAAUUUAGUAGGAGGGUUUUUUUUUGCUUAUACGGCAAGAUCAACACCAGGCCAAGCGGGGUGUUGCCUAGCCAGCACACAAUCUGUGAAGUCCUGUCGAACGCCCGCCCGCCCCCCAGCGCACAGUGUCAUAAACUGACUAAGGGGGAAAGAGUGUGUCACUGUCUGCAUUGUUGCACAUUCGCCAGACAUGUAAAACACCCCAAGUAAAACCUUGUUGAUAGUCAUGGGAUACAGUUAACAGUCCAAGUCAACGAGGGUGGGGCCAAGUGAUACAACCACAUAGGGCUGGCAAAACAACUCAUAAUGUGUGAAGUUCUAUCCUGUCUCUCUAUUGGAGCCUAAAUCAGUAGAAAAGGGGGAAAUGUUUAUUAACAUGCUAUCCAUUGAUACUUAUGCCCCCUAGCAUACAGGUAAGACUUAAUCAGUCCACUUUUAAAAAAAUCCCCCCUAAAUUUCAUAGCUGGGACAAUAGUCUAUGAAGGAAAGCCACUCCUAUUCUAACAGAUAUAUACCAAUAUAUCGGGUAUUAAACAUCCAACUAGGUAUACUGAACUAUACCAUUGCCAUCACACCGUCCUACCCCUACUAAUAUGGGUAAUUCGGGAUGGCAUUAGUGUUGGCAGAUCAAUAUACCUUAGAAAUCGGAAGAACGGAAAUAAGUCAAAGAAGGCCCCUGCACCUGAGCGUAUUUACAAGCCGAAAGGCGCGUUUGACAUUUCUUUCACUACAAAUUAUUUUUGACUGGACCUUUUUAGGAUAGCACUAUGCACCUUAUUCUUAUUAUUUUUUUGUAAUUUAGGUACUCUAAGGGUCUUUGGUUUAGGUAUGCACUAGAUUGUGUGAUAAUGACAUGAAAGUUCAAACCCAAGCCUUUAUAAUAAAAAUGAUGGAUCCCUGUAGAAAAAAGGACAACACAAAAUGUUAUGAACGCCGAGCCAGAGGCAGCGGAAGCGACAAAGCAUUUUGGCAAGUGGCGUGGAUGCUGUGGGAUAAAUAUACAAAAGAUAACCCACAACAAAUGAACUUAUAUAAGCAGGUCCACACUCUGACAGCUAGCCCAUAAAUUGGAAGCACAAGUUCCAGAGGGAAAUGUAUAAUUCCAAAGUUAUUAUCUAGCUGUUUAAAACAGCAACUCAUGAGGCAACUCCUUGUAACAAUGUAUCUUGGGCUACGACGACUAUGUACCCAUGGAGGACAUGGGCAGACCUGUAGCUGUCAUGCAGCCAGCACAGCAACCCAACCCCAUUCUCACCCUGGAUCCCACCCUCCCUUCCCCUAUUAUAUGUUAUUCAAAGUAAUUUGAUAUGUUUAUGUAAUACCAAAAUAUUGCACCACUGAAAACAAUCAUUACCCAACAACCAUGUAUGUCAUUUGAUAUACUGUAUAACCAGUCAGCUGUGUGCUUUAUACAUAAAAAAACCACCAUGGAUAAGGAGUAUGCCAGGAACAAUGGUUCUUGGUAAUGGAACAAAAAAAAAAAAGUAGAAAAAAGAAAUGUGACCUGGAAUCAGGGCUCUGUAAAUACUUCUCGAAAAACGGCAAAUGGUGUUACAACACAUACAGGGCUAUUUACAAACGCGAGAAUCCUAAGUGAAUUAGAAUUUAACCCCUUAAGGACACAGCUUCAAAAGCUUGUCUUACCCUUAAGGACACAAGCCAUUUUUGCAUUUUUUGCUCUUUGUGUUCAAACGCAAUUUGCAUCUAUGUCAUUUAUUGCACCAACACAUAUUAUAUACCGUUUUUCAGAGAGCAAACAGGGCUUUAAUUUUAUGUCACAUAUAUAUAGAUACAUUCUCAUUAAUUAUAAAAAAAAUGCCACAAAAUAGGAACAAAACUAAAAAAUAUAUAUUUUUUCACAGUUUUGGCAGUAAUAGCGUGUGCAUAAUAUGUCCAGUUUAGAAAAAGUAAUUCAAAAUUAACUCAUUUAUGUGUCUUGAUUUAUAGAAUACAUAACAUGUAUAGGAUUUCAGCUUAUUUUGAAAGGACUAAAAUAAAAUUUUUAUGUGAAACAAUUUUAGAAGUUGGUAUGUUUGUCUUGUAGGUUUAGUAGCAAUCACAGAAAACAAAAUUGCAACACAAAAGUAUAUAUUUAUAUAAAGUAGACAUCACAGGCUAUUUACCUAAGGUUAGUUUGACACUUUUUACGUAACCAUUUCAUCGCCAAUCUCUGCUAAAUAUUGGAGUAAAAUUGUGUUUUUUCUCUAUUUUGGCAUAUACACAUAUAAAAAUGUUUUUGUAAUGUGUAUUUCGUAAAGCUGGAGUGUGCUACCCCUGCACAGAACCCCAUAACGAUACCCUUAUUGUAUGCCUUUGGCACUUUUCUGUAAAGCUACAAUGCAAUAUAAGAGACAAGGCUAUUUCAGUUUCUAUAGUUAGAAUUUUUGUAGAUGGAUUUGACGGGCCUAUGUGUCAUUUUAGGGUAUUAUAGCAGUGUGACUGUUCAAAUAACUCCACAAAGGGCUUUCAUUUGAUUAAGCAGACACCCCAGGGUAUCUAUUAUGGUGUAUAUUGUGCCUUAACUUGUCACCAUGUUUUACCAAUUUAUGUCAAUAUUUGUGGUGAGGGGGGAAAAUUGCAUUUUUACAUAUAUGUUGCAUUUUUGCUGAGUAUUUCUUGCACUUGAUAUGUACCACUGUCAUAAAAAUCCCCAAAUUAUGCUCAGCUACAUCUUCUGAGAAAACAAUAUGCCCAAUGUAUGACCUAGACACUAUUUUGUGAAGUUACAGUGCUGUAAAAGAGAUGUGACAAGUUCAGGUUUUUAAGUGUGAAUUUUCAUGGAGGGUUUUGAUGCGUCCAAGUUGGAGCACUUGAGCAGGCUACAUAUUACAACUACACCAUAAAGUCAUACCAUUUCUUAAAGAAGACAUCCCAGGGCAAUUCAAAAGGCAUAUUUUGAACCUUAGCGUGGGAUAAUUUUUCUGCUAGCUUGUACCAAAUGUAGUGGUAAUAAGCUUUUUUUUUGCCUUUUUGACACACAAAGUGAGUUUGCGCAGUAUAAUUUGCAAACUUUAUGUGUGCUACGACUGUAUAAUACUUCAUAUAUUGCUCAGCUAUGUCGGCUGAGUACAGCAAUACCUCCGUAUGUACCUUUGCCAGGUAUAUGUGGACAUUGCAGGGGCACAUUUGAGACACAGCCAUUCCAGUUUUUUUCAAACUUUGAAUUUUUGUAGGGUGUCCAUGUCCCAUUUUAGAGUAUUUUACCAGGCUAUAUAAUCCAAUUACCCCAUAAAGGCAUACCAUUUAUUAAAGAAGACAUUUCAGGGCAAUUCAAAAUGCAUAUUUUAAACCUUAGCGUGGGAUAAUUUUUCCACUAGCUUGUAACAAGUGUAGUGGUAAUAAAAUUGUUUCUGCCUUUUUGACAUACAAAAUGAGUUUGCGCAGUAUAUUUUGCAAACUUUAUGUGUGCUACGACUGUAUAAUACUUCAUAUGUUGCUCAGCUAUGUUGGCUGAGUACAGCAAUACUAGUUUGCAUAUUGCUAAUUCUGCAGGCAGGAGAGAUAUUUUGUCUUGAUUGACUUCCCUACCCCUUUGUAGAUAUGUUAUUGUGUUAUUAUUUUCAAGUUACUUUAACCCCUUAACCCCUUAAGGACUGGACUGUUUUUGCGAUGUUGUACAUUUGCGACCAGGCAUAUUUUUACACUUUUGUGGUGUUUGUGUUUGGCUGUAAUUUUCCGCUUUCUCAUUUACUGUUCCCAUACAAAUUAUAUAUUGUUUUUUUCAGGACAAAAUGGGCUUUCUUUACAUACCAUUAUUUAUAUAAUCUCAUGUAUUUUAAUUUAAAAAAAAUACAAAAAUCUGAUGAAAAAUUGAAAAAAAAUACAUGUUUUUUGACUUUUACUUGAAAAAUCUUUUACUCAUCUACAAAAGCGAAUGAAAAAAACUGCUAAAUAGAUUCAAAAUUUUGUCCUGAGUUUAAAAAUACCUAGUGUUUACGUGCUUUUUUGCUUUUUUUUGCAUGUUAUAGGGCUAUAGGUACAAGUAGGAUAUUGCGGUUUCAAAACAUACAUUUUUAAAAUUUAUCAAUAGUGACAUUUUAACACUAUUAUCUGUCAUAAAUCUCUGAAUAACACCCCACAUGUACAUAUUUUUUUUAAAGUAGACAACCCAGGGUAUUCAAUAUGGGGUAUGUACAGUCUUUUUUAGUAGCCACUUAGUCGAAAACACUGGCCAAAGUAAGCAUUCAUAUUUGUUUGUGUGUGAAAAAAGUAAAAAAACUAAAUUGAACGCUAAUUUUGGCCAGUGUUUGUGACCAAGUGGUUACUAAAAAAGACUGGACAUACCCCAUUUGCAAUACCUUGGGUUGUCUUCUUUUGCAAAUGGUAUGCCAUCAUGGGGGUAAUUCUCAUUCCUGGGCUACCAUACGCUCUCAAAGGCAACGUAACCAACCUGGCCAUUUUCAAUGUAAAAAUAUUUGACCCAUAUAUUUGACCUUGUAACUUUCAAAAAUGCUAUAAAACCUGUACAUGGGGGGUACUGUUUUACUCGGGAGACAUCGCUGAACACAAAUAUUAGUGUUUAAAAACUGGAAAACGUAUCACAACAAUUAUAUCAUCAGUAAAAGUGCUGUUUGUGUGUGAAAAAUGCAAAAAAAGUAACUUUCACUGACAAUAUCAUCGCUGUGAUAUGUUUUACUGUUUUGAAUCACUAAUAUUUGUGUUCAGCGAAGUCUCCCGAGUAAAACAGUACCCCCCAUGUACAGGUUUUAGGGUGUCGUAGAACGUUACAGGGUAAAAUACAGUGCUAGCAAAUUAAAUUCUCUGGAAUUUCGGCCUGGGUUGGCAGGCAGGUCCCUCAAAUUGCAAUCAAUAAAAUUACUGAAUUAUGUAAAAAUAUUACAUAAAUACGCACGUAGAAUUUAAAUAUAUAUGCAUAUUUAUAUAUUUGAAGUCUACGUGUAUAUUUAUAUAAUUAUUUAUGUAAUUUUGUAUAUGGACGUAUGUAUAUUUCUUAUUAUUUUUAUUUAUUUUUAUAUACAUAGAUAUAUAUACAAAUUCAUUCUAAGUGUAUUUUGAUAUAAAUAUAUAUAUAUUAAUUUUAAAAUACAGUUAGAAUAAAAUUUCAUAUAGCUAUAUAAUUUUUUUUAAAUUUUGUAUUAUUAUUUUAAAAAAAAUUAUUUAAUUUAAAUUACUUAUUAUUUAUAUUUUAUAAUAAUAUAUAUAUACAAUAUAUAUAGUUAUUAUAUAUAUUAUAUAUAUACGUGUGUAAUUUAAUUAUAAGUGUAUUUUUAUAUUAAUAUAAUUACAUAUUAAUAUAAAAAUACACUUAAUAUGACAUUAUAUAUAUGAUAUAUAGACAUAUAUUAUUUAUAUAUAAUAUAUGUCUAUAUAUCAUAUUUAUAUACACAUAUAUAAUUUUUUUUAUUUUUAAUUAACAUUAACUUUAUUUUUAUUUCUGAUUUUACACUAGCAGGGAGACUGCCUGUCAGCACAGACAGUCCCCCUGCAGGCAGACACAUGGACACCCAUUGUGACCAUGUGAUCGCUGUGUUGAGCCAUCACAUGGCCACAGGGGUCCUAAAUCAGUGUGGGGAGACUGUCUGGGCUGCAGGCAGUCUCCCCACAACCGUAGCCACGCUGAUCACCGCCGGGGGAACGACGGCGAUCAGGUAAGUAAAUAGGACCGUUAGGACGGUUCAGGACCGUCAUCGGUCGGCAAGGCAAAAAUGCUGAUGACGGUCCUGAACCGUCCUCGGUCGGGAAGGGGUUAAGGACAGAGCUUCAAAAGCUUGUCUUUCACUUAAUGACAACGGCAUUUUUUUCAUUUUUUGCUGUUUGCGUUCAACUGCAAUUUGCAUUUUACUAAUUUGUUGCACCAACACAUAUUAUACAUUGUUUUUUUAAAGGACAGAAAGGGCUUUAGUUUGAUGUAACACACAUAUAUAUAAAUGCUUAUUUAUUAUAAAAAAAUACAGAAAAAUAUAAAAAAAGUGAAAAUGUCUUUUUUUUACAGUUUUUGCAAUAAUAAUGUGUGCAUAAUUAGUGCAGGUUAAGAAAAGUAAUUAAAAAUAAAUUCAUUUAGUUGUUCUGAUUUACAGAAUAUAUCAUGUGUCUGGGAUUUUAAGUUUUUUUUGGUAGUUACAGGUCACAAAGCACAAGGAGUAAAAUAGACUUUUAAUGUGGAGCGAUUUUAGAAUUUGGUAUGUUUGUCUUGUAAGCUUAAUAGCCAUAAAAGAAAACAAAAUUGCCACACAAAAGUAUAUAUUUAUAUAAAGUAGACAUCACGGGCUAUUGACCUAAGGUUGUUUUGACACUUUCUACGUAGCCAUUUCACCGCCAACCUCUGCUAAAUAUUGGAGUAAAAUUGUGUUUUUUUUGGUUUUUGGCACACAAACUUAUAACAGAGAAAUUCUCGUGUAUAUUUUGUAAAGUUGGUGUGUGCUAUUCCUGUACAAAGUUUUAUUUUGUGUUCAGUUACAUCUGCUGAGUAAAAUGACACCCCCAUUGUAUGUCUUUGGCACUAUUUCAUGAAGUUACAGUGCCAUACAGGAUACCUGUCCUUUUCAGUAUUCACAGAAGAAUUUUGAGAGAUGGAUUUAAUGAGCCUUAGCUUCCAUUUGGGGUAUUAUAACAGUUUGACUGUUCAAAAAACCCCCACAAAGGCCUACCAUUUGUAAAAGUAGACACUCCAGGGUAUCUUAUAAGGUGCAUAUUGUGCCUUAACAUGCCCCCAUUUUUUCACCAAUAUAUGCCAAAGUAUGUGGUAAAAAAUAAUUUUGUGCAUUUUUUACAUACGGAUUGCAUUUUUGCUGGGCGUUUUGUAUAUUUCAUAUGUGCCACUAAGUUCAAACCCCCCAAAUUAUGCUCAGCUAAGUCUUCUGAGUAAAAUGACACCCCAUAUGAAUGUCUUUGGCACUAUUUCGUGAAGCUACAGUACCAUAUAGGAAACCUGUCCUUUACAGUAUUCACAGUAGAAUUUUGAGAGAUGGAUUUAAUGAGCCUUAGCUUCCAUUUGGGGUAUUAUAACAGUUUGACUGUUCAAAAAACCCCGACAAAGGCCUACCAUUUGUAAAAGUAGACACUCCAGGGUAUCUCAUAAGGUGCUUAUUGUGCCUUAACAUGCCCCCAUUUCUUCACCAAUAUAUGCCAAAGUAUGUGGUAAAAAAUAAUUUUGUGCAUUUUUUACAUACGGAUUGCAUUUUUGCUGGGCAUUUUGUAUAUUUCAUAUGUUCCACUAAGUUCAAACCCCCAAAUUAUGCUCAGCUAAGUCUUCUGAGUAAAAUGACACCCCAUAUGAAUGUCUUUGGCACUAUUUCGUGAAGCUACAGUGCCAUAUAGGAGACCUGUCCUUUACAGUAUUCACAGUAGAAUUUUGAGAGAUGGAUUUAAUGAGCCUUAGCUUCCAUUUGGGGUAUUAUAACAGUUUGACUGUUCAAAAACCCCCCACAAAGGCCUACCAUUUGUAAAAGUAGACACUCCAGGGUAUCUCAUAAGGUGCAUAUUGUGCCUUAACAUACCCCCAUUUUUUCACCAAUAUAUGCCAAAGUAUGUGGUAAAAAAAUUAUUUUGUGCAUUUUUUACAUACGGAUUGCAUUUUUGCUGGGCGUUUUGAAUAUUUCAUAUGUGCCACUCAGGGCCGUCUUUAACGCGGGGCAAACGGGGCAGCUGCCCCGGGCCCAGUUUCUCUUGGAGGGCCCGAGGCACCUGCCCCGUGGGCCCCGCUGCCCUCAUCAAUUAAUUUUUUUCACCAUCCUCUGAGUCCCACCGGGUGGCCCAUGCACUUAGGGCCACCCAGUGGGCUUGUAUCAGCAGGGGCCCAGUCGGGCGCUGUUGCCCUUUAACACUGCGACCGGGCCCCUUGCUUUCCGGCAUCCGGCUGAGAGGAAGUGACAGCCGCAAGUCACUUCCUCCCAUAAACAGAGGAGCUGCACGGAAUCUGGCAGGAGGAGUCGUGAGGGAGAGAGGACGCGGCUGCAGUGAGGAUGGAGGAUCCUCACUCCCAUCAUGCUCAGGCACCACACUGGACUCCAGGGAAGCCACCCUCCAGCAAAAGGUAGGAAACUGGAGGGUGGGUUUAAAAAUGUACAUUUUACAUGUGUGUCAGUAUGUCUGUUUGUCUGUGUGUCAGUGUCUGUUGUGUCUGUGUGUCAGUAGAUCUGUGUGUGUGUGUCAGUAUGUCUGUCUGUGUGUCAGUAUGUCUGUGUCAGUAUGACUGUCUGUGUGUGUGUCAGUAUGUCUGUGUGUGUGUGUGUCAGUAUGUCUGUCUGUGUGUGUCAGUAUGUCUGUGUGUUUCAGUAUGUCUGUGUGUGUGUUUCAGUAUGUCUGUGUGUGUGUGUGUGUCAGUAUGUCUGUCUGUGUCAGUAUGCCUGUCUGUGUGUGUGUCAGUAUGUCUGUGUGUGUCAGCAUGUCUGUGUGUGUGUCAGUAUGUCUGUGUGUGUGUGUGUCAGUAUGCCUGUCUGUGUGUGUGUCAUUAUGCCUGUCUGUGUGUGAGUCAGCAUGUCUGUGUGUGUGUGUGUCAGCAUGUCUGUGUGUGUGUGUGUGUCAGUAUGUCUGUCCGUGCGUCAGUAUGUCUGUUAGUGCAUGUGUAUGUCUGUUUGUCUGUGUGCCAGUAUAUCUGUCUGUGUGCCAGUAUGUCUGUGUGUGUGUGUGUGUGUCAGUGUAUGUGCCUGUGUGUGUGUCAGUAUUUCUCAGUGUAUGUGGGUGUCAGUGUGUGUGUCAGUAUAUCUGUCAGUGUGUGGGUGUCAGUAUUUCUGUCAGUGUAUGUGUGUCAGUAUGUUGAUCAGUGUAUGUGUCUGUGUGUGUGUGUCAGUAUGACGGUAUAUGUGUCUGUGUGUCAGUAUGUCUGUAUAUGUGACUGUGUCAGUAUGUCUGUCAGUACGUCUACCAGUGUAUGUGUCUGUGUGUGUGUGUCAAUAUAUGUAGCUGUGUCAGUAUGUCUGUCAGUGUAUGUGCCUGUUUAUCUGUAUGUAGUCAGUGUAUGUAUCUGUGUAUCUGCUUGUGUGUCAGAGUGUGUACCUGUGCAUCUGAGCCGCAACUUUAAAUACAAAUACACCCCUCCAUUCAAACUUCAACACUACAUAUAAAACACACUCCUGCAUUGAAACGUCAACACUACAUACAAGCACUCCUACAUUCAAAAACAAACACUACACAUAAAUGCACACUUGCAUUUAAACUCCAGUACCAUUCCAGUACCAUCCAGUAGCAUUCACACAAACAUACUCCAUACAAACACAUCCUUACAUUCAAACAUACAAACAUGGCUCAGUGCUAAAUACAACCCUGCAAGCAUGGGAAAUUGGUAGAGUCCCAGCUGUCAAAGCAUUGUUGGAGUUGCACAACAGAUGGGGUUCUACCUUUAGUCCAACCUUGCAAUUGGGGGUCCCAAUAAAAUUAAUUCUACUUUAGUACCGCCACUGCGUUGGGAUGGAUGCCGUGAUUGCAUACCAGGGAGUGAGGGGCGAGAGCGGCAGAGCCCAGGUGGCCCAAGCAAACACUUACCCAGGGUCCAUUCGUUAUUAAAGACGGCCCUGGUGCCACUAAAUUCAAACCUCCCAAAUUAUGCUCAGCUAAGUCUUCUGAGUAAAAAGACACCCCCAAUGAAUGUCUUUGGCACUAUUUCGUGAAGCUACAGUGCCAUAUAGGAGACCAAGCCAUAUCCGUUUUUACCAAACUUUGAAUUUUGACGCUGGGCCUAUGUGCAAUUUCCAAGCAUCUUCGUAGGUUUUAAAUUCAAACUACCCCACAAAGGCCUACCAUUUCUUAAGGUAGACACCCCAGGGUGUUUCAAAAGGUAUAGUUUGAACCUUAGCGUGGGAUCAUUUUUCCGCUAGCUUGUACCAGAUAUAGUGGUAAUAAGCAUUUUUUCUGCCUUUUUGACAUACAAAGUGAGUUUGCACAGUAUAUUUUGCAAACCUUAUGUGUGCUACGACUGUAUAAUAUUUCAUAUGUUGCUCAGCUAUGUCGGCUGAGUACAGCAAUACCCCCGUAUGUACCUUUGCCAGGUAUGUGUGGACAUCGGAGGGGCACAUUUGGGACACAGCCAUUCCAGUUUUUUUCAAACUUUGAAUUUUUAUGCUGUGCCUAUGUCCCAUUUUAGAGUAUUUUACCAGGCUAUAUAAUCCAAAUACCCCAUAAAGCCAUACCAUUUCUUAAAGAAGACAUCCCAGGGUAUUUCAAAAGGCAUAUUUUGAACCUUAGCGUGGGAUCAUUUUUCCGCUAGCUUGUACCAAGUGUAGUGGUAAUAAGCAUUUUUUCUGCCUUUUUGACAUACAAAGUGAGUUUGCGCAGCAUAUUUUGCAAACCUUAUGUGUGCUAUGACUGUAUAAUACUUCAUAUGUUGCUCAGCUAUGUCGGCUGAGUACAGCAAUACCCCCGUAUGUACCUUUGCCAGGUAUGUGUGGACAUCGGAGGGGCACAUUUGGGACACAGCCAUUCCAGUUUUUUUCAAACUUUGAAUUUUUAUGCUGUGCCUAUGUCCCAUUUUAGAGUAUUUUACCAGGCUAUAUAAUCCAAAUACCCCAUAAAGCCAUACCAUUUCUUAAAGAAGACAUCCCAGGGUAUUUCAAAAGGCAUAUUUUGAACCUUAGCGUGGGAUCAUUUUUCCGCUAGCUUGUACCAAGUGUAGUGGUAAUAAGCAUUUUUUCUGCCUUUUUGACAUACAAAGUGAGUUUGCGCAGCAUAUUUUGCAAACCUUAUGUGUGCUAUGACUGUAUAAUACUUCAUAUGUUGCUCAGCUAUGUCGGCUGAGUACAGCAAUACCCCCGUAUGUACCUUUGCCAGGUAUAUGUGGAUGUUGAAGGGGCGCAUUUGAGACGCAGCCAUUCAGUUUUUUUCUAACUUUGAAGUUUUACGCUGUGUCCAUGUUCCAAUUUGGAGUAGUUUAGACGGUUGGUUAUUGAAACUUCCCCACAAACACAUACUAUUUAUUAAAGAAUACACCCUGGGGUAAUUCAAAAGGCAUAUUUUGAACCUUGGCGUGGGAUAAUUUUUUCUCUAGUUUGUUCCAGGUGUAGUGGUAAUGAGCGUUUUUAAAAUGUAUUUUUUUUACUUUUUAUAACUUUUUUACUUUUAAAAACUAGUUUUUAAACUUUUGUUUUGCUUAUAAAUUUUUUUUAAACUUUCCUAAACUUUCUUAAAACAUUUUUUACAGAUUUAACAUUUUUGUAAGCUUUUUUUUUUAACGUUAACCCCUAACUAGCAGUACGCAGCACUAACAGUAAAUUCCCCAUUUUCCCACAACUCCCACCCACCCCAGCUAGCAAAAUAUAUAGUUAUAAAAUAUUUAAAUUAAUUAAUUAAAUAAAUUGAACCCCUGAAGGUUAAAAAAUAAAUAAAAGUUAAUCCUCAGGGGUUAAAAAAAAUUAGAUCACAGUAUAAUACUGUGAUCUCUAUUUGAUCGCUGUAGGCAGUGAUCGACUGGCAGGGAAGGGGUUCAUUUUUAUUUGGACUAGGUAAAGGUUUUUUGUUUCUUUUUAACUUAAACGUUAUUAAAACAUUUUGUUAAGCUUAAUUUUAAACUUUUUAAAGUUUCUUUUAAAACUUUUUUUAACGUUAACCCCUAGUUAGCCUAAUGCCAAAUCCCCCAAUUCCCCACUAACUUCACCCACCCCAGCUAGCUAAAUAUAUAAUUUUAAAAUAAUUUAAUUAAUUAAUUUAAUUAAUUUAACCCCUGAGGGUUAAUUCUUUUUUUUUUUUUUUUUUAAAUCAGAUCACAGUAAAAUGUAAUCCCUGCCAAUUGAUCACUGUAGUCAGUGAUCAAUUGGCAGGGAAGGGGUUAAUUUUUUAUUAAAAUGGGUAAAGGGGCGGGGGGACUUUAAAUAAACUUUAUUUUUUAACAGCAGGGGGCAGGAUCAGCACUGUUCCGGCUCCCUGCACUUCACACAGAACCAGGAAGUGCAGGGAGCCGGAAGGUAAGUAUGCAGAGCACAUGUGCUCGCUCUGACUUGCGGUCAGAGCGAGCACAUGUGCUGGGCAGCCUGACCGGGUGCUCCCGGUAUGCCUCUAAUGCAGAGGCAUACCGGAGCACCAUUAAUCCCGCGAUCGCCGCGAUAGCGGCGAUCUGGGGUUAAUUUUACCGCGUGACGGACAAGGUCCGUCACUCGUCAUUAAGGGUUUCCCUUCUGUGACGGACCUCAUCCGUCACCCGUCCUUAAGGGGUUAAAACCUCUCAUAAUGUUAUUUUGCACCUUUGUAGAGUUACUUUUAACAUACUAACAUCUCUACACCCACAUAAAGGUACGCUUAGAACUAAUUUAUAUUGCCUUUUGCAGCAUAGGAAGUACUUAUCAUUUGCUGCAUAACAGAAAUUUUUUUUUUUUUUAUGAACGGUUAUAUUGAAUUUAUUUGACACACAUUUACAUAGUUACAUAGUUACAUGGCUGAAAAGAGACUUGCGUCCAUCAAGUUCAGCCUUCCUCACAUUUAUUUUUGCUGUUGAUCCAAAAGAAGGCAAAAAAACCCAGUUUGAAGCACUUCCAAUUUUGCAACAAACUAGGAAAAAAAUUCCUUCUUGACCCCAGAAUGGCAGUCAGAUUUAUCCUUGGAUCAAGCAGCUAUUACCCUACAUUGAAAUAUUAUAUCCUUGAAUAUUCUGUUUUUACAAGUAUGCAUCUAGUAGCUGUUUGAACAUCUGUAUGGACUCUGAUAAAACCCCUUCUUCAGGCAGAGAAUUCCACAUCCUUAUUGUUCUUACAGUAAAAAAAACCUUUCCUUUGCCUUAGACGAAAUCUUCUUUCUUCCAGUCUAAACGCAAGGCCUCGUGUCCUCUGUAAAGUCCGGUUUGUGAAUAGAUUUCCACACAAUGGUUUGUAUUGGCCCCGAAUAUAUUUGUAUAAUGUUAUCAUAUCCCCUCUCAGGCAACGUUUUUCUAAACUAAAGAGGUUUAAAUUUGUUAACCUCUCUUCAUAGCUGAUAUGUUCCAUUCCUUUUAUUAAUUUUGUAGCCCACCUCUGCACUUUUUCUAGUGCCAUAAUAUCCUUCUUUAGAACAGUUGCCAAAAUUGGACAGCAUAUUCCAUAUGUGGUCUUACCAGUGAUUUAUAAAGAGGCAAAAUUAUAUACUCAUCCCGAGAAUGAAUGCCCUUUUUCAUGCAUGACAAUACCUUACUGGCCUUAGCCACUACUGAUUGACAUUGCACAUUGUUGCACAGUUUGUUGUCUAUAAUAAUUCCUAAGUCCUUUUCAUGUGUUGUUAUCCCUAAUUCGCUUCCAUUAAGGGUAUACGUUGCAUUUUUCAACAUUAAAUUUCAUCUGCCAUUAUGUGCCCAGUCCCCCAGUCUAUCUAAAUCCCUCUGCAGCAAAGGAAUAUCUUGCUCACAUUGUAUCACUUUACAGAGUUUUGUGUCAUCUGCAAACACUGAAACAUGACUUUCAAUGCUUUUUUUCAAGAUCAUUUAAAACGUUAAAUAGAAGGGGUCCCAGAACAGAACCCUGAGGGACACCACUUGCCACCUCUCUCCAUCUUGAAAAUUUACCAUUAAUGACAACUCUUUGUACACUAUUUUUAAGCCAAUGUUCUACCCAAGAACAAGCAUUUUCAUCUAGACCGAUUUCCUUGAGUUGGAACACUAAUCUAUUGUGUGGAACUGUAUCAAACGCCUUGGCAAAAUCCAAAUAGAUCACAUCGACUGCAAUACCCUGAUCUAUACUUCAACUUACUUGUUCAUAGAACGCAAUCAUAUUCGUUUGACAUGACCUGUGCUUCAUGAAACCAUGCUGAUUUUUUGUUGAUAACCAUGUUCUUCUCAAUGAAUUCUUGAAUAUUAUCCCUUAAUAACCUUUCAAAUAUUUUCCCAGCCACAGAAGUUAAGCUCACAGGUCUAUAAUUUCCAGGCAAGGAUUUUGAAUCCUUUUUGAAUAUAGGAACCACAUCUGCCUUCCUCCAAUCCUCUGGAACACUUCCUGAAAGAAAGGAAUCUUGAAAGAUUAUAAACAGAGGUUCACUUAUUUCUACACUUAAGUACUCGUGGAUGAAUACCAUCAGGCCCUGGUGCUUUGUUUAUAUUAACUUUCUUUAGUUGCUGCAGCACCUUGUCUUGAGUUAACCAAUUACAAUUAUUUUGCAAGUUUUUAGCAGCAAUCAUUUGCACAUCUAUUGCCAUGGGUUAUUCCUUAGUAUAUAUGGAUGAGAAUAGUUAUUUAAGAUUUCUGCCUUUUCCUGGUCUUCAUUUUGAAGUUUAGCGAAUCUAAUUGCCUUUUUGCACGCAUUAUUGGCUUCCUUAUAUCUUUUAUAGGAUGCAUCUGAUUUGUCUGAUUUAAAUGCUUUAAAUGCCCUUUUCUUAUUUUUAAUCUCUUGUUUUACUUCUCUACUAAGCCACAUUGGAUUUAAUUUGUUUCUUUUAUAUUUAUUUCCCAACGGUACAUACUGAGAAAUGUAUCUUUCUAAUAUUUGUUGGAAGAUGAUCCAUUUAUCCUCAGUAUUCUUUUCACUAAAGAGUUUAUGCCAGUCAAUAUAUUGUAAAGCUGUCCUUAACUUAUAGAAAUUGGCCUUUUUAAAAUUAUAUGUUUUAGUAUACCGCAUGUUCUUUUGUUUUUUUGAGUUUAUUUCAAAAGACACUAUAUUGUGAUCACUGUUUCCCAAGUGCUCACCUACUUGAAUGUUGCUGAAAAGAUCAACGUUGUUUGUUAAAACCAGGUCCAAACAAGCGUCCUUUCUAGUUGGUGCUUGUAAAAGUUGUGACAUGAAGGUGUCAUUUAACAAAUUCAAUGCUGAGGAUAUAAGUAAAUAUAUAUUUUUAAGUCUUCUAACCUAUGCUCUUGGCACUUUGAAGGACCACUAAAGGCAUCCAGACCAAGAUAAUUUUAACACUUCACAGUAAAACAUUGCUGUUUCUGACUUCAGUACCGAGAUAAACUCAGUUCUUCAAUCAAAUGCUGCUUAUAGAGAGUAUUUUUUGGAGGAGCAUGGCAUUUUCCCAUGUUAUUAUUAUUAUUAUUUUGUGUAGUGGAGGGGCCUGGAUGGGACAUACUUGUGUCUUAGUGAAGGUAGGUAGGUUGUAGCAGCAUUGUGCAGCGAAUUGUAAGCAAACGCUAGAAUUUUAAAUACUUUAUGGGAAGCCAGUCUAAGCACUGAGAGAUGGGGAAGAAAUGGAAGGUGAGGGCAGACAGGAAGAUGAACCGUGCUGCUGCAUUCAUUAUGGAAAUGUAACAGGGCCAACUGGGAACACGUAAGACCACUGAGAAGUGGGUUGUAGUGGUCAAGGGAAUGAUAGCAGCAUGCACCAGCACCUUGGCCGCAUCCUGCGUUAGAUUGGACGGGGGGGUGCAAGCAAUGUUUUUUCGACAGAAGUGGCAGGAUUUUUCAAGUGAUUGGACUUGAAGGGUGAAGGAGAGGUUAGAGUUGAAGAGAACAACAAUGCAGCAAGCCUGCAGGAUAGAGCUGAUGGUAACUCCAUUGACUUGGAGUGUGAUAUAUAUGGGUGUAGCAACAAUCAUGGAAGGAAAGACACUAUAGUCUUCAAAACAACGUCAGCUUAAUUCAGCGGUUUUAGUGUACAAAUCAUGCCUCUGAAGUUUCACUGUUCAGUUAUCUGCCAUUUAGGAGUUAAAUCCCUUUGUUUCUGUUUAUGCAGUCCUAGUCACACAUCCCCUGGCUUUGACUGACACAGCUGGCAUUAAAAAAAUUUAACUUACAUUAAAUGUUUUUGAUCUCUUGCUCUGUCAAGAACUUUAAUUACAUAGAGGAGGCUCCUAUUGGGUCUAUCAAGCUUUUAACAGAAUAGAAGAUAAUAUUUUUGGUAAAUUAAACAGAAUUUACAAAAAAGGAAGUGUAAACAUUAGAUGACACUUUACAGGAAGUGUUUAGGAAUGCUGUGCAAGUCACAUGCAGGGAGGUGUGACAAGGGCUAUAUAAACAAAGGGAUUUAACUCCGAAAUAACAGAGAAAUGCGCAGUGAAAUUGCAUGGAUAUAAUCUAUACACCAAAACUGCUUCAUUAAACUAAAGUUGUUAGUGACUAUUGUGUCCCUUUUAAAAAAUGAGCUGCCAUCCAGUUGGAAAUAGCAGAGAGGCAGUCAGAGACAUGAUUCAAGAGGGACAGUGAGAGAUCAGGACAGGACAGAUAGAUUUGCGUGUCAUCCACAUAAAAAUUAUAUUGGAAGCAAAAAGAGCUGAUGAGUUUAUGAAAGAGGCAGUAUAUAUGGAGAACUGUAGGGGGCUAAUGAACACCAACGCUUUGGGGUACACGAACAAAGAGGGGUUGCAGAAAGAAGUUGCAGAGGAGAGGAAGAGCCAGAAAAAUAAACACUAAAAAUACUCUAGAAGAGGUGGUAAGAGAACCAGGAAAGUGCAGUUUUGUAGACCAUUCUCCUAAGCAGCAGAAAGGUCCAGGAGGAUUAGGAGAGAGUAGCGACCACUGGAUUAGCAGCAAUUAAAUAAUUGGAUACUCUGGUCAGGGCAGUUUCAAGAUAUUAAUCAGUUUAGAAUCCAGACUGAAGCGGGUCUAGAAGAGAGUUGGAUUUCAUGAAGUUGGUCAAUCUAGCGUACACAACUCUCUUGAGGAUAUUGGAGUCAAAUGGAAGUAGCAAGAUUGGGGCGGUAUUUGGAUGGGGAAUUAGGUGGGACGUUUGUUAGAAUUUGGGUGAUGGAUGCAUGCUUGAAGGUUGAAGGAAAUAUGCAAAAGGAAAGGGAGAGAUUGAAUAUUUUAGUGAGAGGCAAAACCAGAGAAAGAGACAUUGCGUGAGUGAGAUGUGAGGUACAUAAUUUAGGGAGCAAGUGGUGGGACUGGAGGACCAAUGUAAAGCAGAAAUCUUUGCUGGUAUAGUGGGUGCGACUGAGCAUAAAACAGAGCAGGGUGCUGGGAUGGGGAAUAUAUAGGCAAUGGUAGGACAGAAAUUAGAGAUCUCUUUACUGAUCAUGAAAAUCUUCUGAAAGUAAAGUGCUUUGCAAAGUUAGUGGUGGUCAGUUUAGUAGGAAAAGCAGCAACAGGGUGAAGAAGAGUGUUAACAGUGUGAAAAAAAGAGGUUGGGUUCUCAGGAGAGUGUGGUUAUGAGGGUGUUGAAGUAGUUUUCAUUUGUGGAGGAAAGAGCCAGACUGUAGAAGCAUGGCAUGAAUGUAUAAUGGAGGAAUUCAGACACAGGAGUCAGGAGUUCAGCAGUUAUGGAGCAUUUUUGGAAGCAAAGGGUCAGUUUAGCACGCAAUGAUUGUAGCUGGGGUCGCUUGCAACGUUUAAAAAAAUGGAGGUGCCAUACUAUCCAGUUCAGAGGAGAGGGUGGAGUUGUAAAGGGAGGUUGCAGAACUAGGGUAGGUGAUGUUUGAGAUGGGUAAAAGUUUGGAGGGUUGUUCAUAAUUCUUGUAGGUCAAGACAAUGGAGGUUUCAACGAGACUUAUGUACUGAGGUUGGUGUGAAAUGGGUAUGAAGUAUGCCAAUGUUAAUGAUCAGCAGAUGGUGGUCAGAUAGAAGAAAUGGAACAUUGGAGAGAUUAGAGACAGUACAAAGGAUUGACCUGGUAUUUGAACCUAUAAGAGAAAACAAAUAGUUUGUAAUGCAUUGUAACUAAAUUAUAACAACUCUGGUUUUAUGUAUCUUUUAAAGCAAUUACACACUCAUCUUCCCAACCUUUAAAUAAUCUAUUCUGCGGGUGCCCCUAUUCUAAGAGAGUGUGAGUUAAAAUGUUCUAGUCCCUGGCCUAAUUUCUCCAAACAUUUCCUAAGAAUUAAUCUAAACUGAUAUCUUUUAAGUGGACUUCCAUUUUCAUGUAUUAAGAGAGGACCUGGGUUUGCCCAUCAUACAGUUAAAAUAAAUAACAAAAAUUUAACCGGGCAAAAUGAGAAAUUGAAAGCAUUAAUAUUGACACAUUUCCCUUUGCCCUCUCUGUCAGUUUUAGGUUUCAGAAGGAAAAUAGACAAACUAGAAGUUCACAAGCUACUGUCCUCAAUUCCUAAACCUGAAUGCUUAAACUUAGUUUCGGAAACCAAUUUAUUUGAAAGUGCAGCAAAAAAGGCUAAUAGAAAGGCAACUUGGAAAAGCUGAACUUAUAAUCAUUUGAACAUAACUUCUUAUAAAACAUGAAUUAACUGUUUCAAUAACUGAAACGGUAUUGGUUUCCUGGUAUCUUUGCAAUUUUCUUUUCCAACAUAACCUUUAAUCAUUUGUUGUAUUAAAAAUAUUUCGCCACCAACUUACCGACCAGCGGUUUUAAAAAUAAUUUAAUACCGCAUAUAGCCCUUCUUAGUGAAGGGUUCACAAUAUGCGCAUCAAUUUGACGCAUAAAGAAAUAAAUAGCCUGGCCUAAAUCUGCAUUUAAAGGAUCAAUCUGACUCUCUUUCAUAAAUUUGCACCAAACCUUCCAUGCAUUAAUGUAUGCCACCCAAGCUGAGCUCAUCAUUGAACUCUGCAAUAAGCUGUUCAACCUGGUGAUAUUAAUUCCCACACUUCCAGUAGAAUUUUAAUGGGUUUCUUCUCUGCAUUUGGGGCGCGUUUCUUGAAAAGUGAAAACUGGAAACGAGAAAUAGCCAGCUAUUAAAUUGAGUUUUACUUCUAUAUGCAUAGCUUUUAACCAGAUAUUAUUCCAAAGCAGAGUAAAACCAAUCUCCGUAAUAAUGUAACAACGUGUGGGGAUGAGGCAUGUAAAGAAUAUAUUGCAUCUACCACACUACGGUUGUUACACACAACUCAAAUUCUCUUAUUGGCAAAAUCAGCACGCCUGACACAACCACAAUUGGAAAUAACUCUAUUAAGGUCAUGUUCCUUGUCCAACCUUCUAAAAUCCAGCUCACCGGUCAUCUGCCAAAACCCCAUUUACCAUUCCAAUAAACUCCAAAGCUUUGCUUACCUUUGCUUACACUGUUAAUUGGACUACUGCAGCUGAAACUGCAAUGUACUCUUUAAUCUCUCUCGUAACACCCAAUACCUGCUGAAUUGUUCUAACUGUGACUUUUUUAGCACUUUUAAUCUGAGAUAAUAUUGAUGAGAGCAUAAUGAUUUUAUCUUGCAGAAGACAGAAUUCCAUCUGUAUAUUCUGUUGCAGAAUGCCCAGAAAUUGUAAGAAAGAAGUUGGCAAGACUGUUUUGUCCCUAGCUAGAGGAAAACCAAAAUCUUUAGCCAAUUCACAUAAUGUGUUAAGCAAAUAUUCAAAUUCCUUGAUCCCUAGGUGUCAAAUAAAUGUAAAUUUUUUUUCUAGGUAAUGAACCAUAGAACCUAAACCAGUUUUAAACUUCAAAACCCAUUCCAAAAAAGUUGUAAAUAACUCAAAGUAGAAAUAGGAAAUUGAGGAACCCAUAGUUAUUUAUCAUAGUAAAAUUGCCCAUCCAGCUGAAAACCUAAGAAAUGCUCUAUAUCAAGCAUGUCUAACUCAAAUAUUAGCUAACAUGCAGACUCCUCUCACAUAGUUGCCACCACCAUAUUCAACACCGGAGGCUAGCCUCUGGUAUACCCCCAAUGGUGCCAUCCCACUACUCCUUGAAACCCUGUGAAGGUGGAGCACGUUAACAUCACGUGCCUCUGUGCGCUCCCAGGUCCUACACUGUUCAGUUGCAGCCCUUGCAAAACUGAUGCAUGGCACCAGGACCACCCCUCCUAUUAAUAAUGAAUAUCUUUGCUACGCUGCAAAUUCCGUGGGCUGCCGCAAAUUUCACAUGCUUCUUAUUAAUUUUUGCCACUGCAAUUUCUUUUAAUUUUAGAUUUUCUUUCCAACUAAAGCUAUCUGAAUAAAACAACGGGGAUUUUAAAACCAUAAACAAAACUUUCAAUAUUUAUUUAGACUUACUCCUGAUUUGACUAAAUUCUUAAAAAAUUAAGCAUUUUCUCCUAUUUCACUAGUAUCACUACUUUUUGGUACUGCAGAGAAUUGUGUUUAAAUAUUUUGAAGCUGGGUGUAAAGGACAAAGUGCAUUUUUGCUUAUAUACAACUAUUAAGCCAGUGGCAUACAUACAAUCCAUGGGACCCCGGUGCGAAACUGAUCCAUGCUCCCCCUUCCCUGCUUCUUCCCCCCCUCCUCCCCAACAGACACUAACACACAGACAGACACACAUACAUACAAAGACACAUACAUACAUACAUACAAACAGACAGGCACACAUACAUAAAUACAGAAACACAGACAGACACAUACAUACAGACACACACACGCAUACAGACAGACACACACAUACAGACAGACACACACACACAAGACACACAUACAUACAAAGACACAUACAUACUUACAGACAGGCACACAUACAUACAGACACACACGCACACAUAAACACACACACAGACAGACACAAAUCGUCCCGCGCGGACUUUGUGUAUGCUGGGAGGAGUGACCGGGGCAGUCGCUUCCUCCCAGCGUGUGAUGUCAUCACAGGAUUUAACAGAGCGACCGGGCCCCCUGAAAAUCCAUACCCAUUGGGGACCCUAACAGCAUGGACCACCCGAUGUACCCCUUGAAUGGUAGUCCCGACAGUUUUCCGUGCCCCCUGGAGCGACCCCUAUGACCCCUAUAUGUACGCCAGUGUAUUAGGCCAUCUACACUGGGAGUCAUUAAAAGACCAGCACAAACCACGUUUUUGUCCAGACACAUUAGUAGCAGAAGCUGGAUUGUAAGAAGUAACACAUUGUCUUUGUGGUAACGUUAUGCUAACCCACAAUCCUUCAUAUUCUUAUGUACGUAAAUCUUUUGCCUUAAUAAAUCAUCAUAAUUCAACCAUGCAAGGCUGACAAAAUUCUUGUAAGCCUCUAGAAUGUAUUAUAUGUGCUGAAAUAGUCCCAUACUCAAUAAUGGCUGUUUUUCACAUAUAAUGCUAACACAAAUACAGAAUGACUGCAACCAGUUAGUCAAUGACCUAGGCCUAGGGAUUGGUUUGCAUCAUUCCUCCUCCUUUAUCUUUAUCCUUCCUAAGUAAAAACUCCUUUGUAGCAGGGAAUAAAGAUAAUAUAUCAAUGUAAUCUCUCUUCCAAUGUUUCUCUUUCAUGGAUGUACUUCAAUGGCAACCUAGAGGUGACAUUUCAUAGAUUGAAACAAUUCUCAUCUACUCUGUUAAAUUUAGGACACACGGACAACUUUAGCAUUAUCCAAAGCCAAACCUGCACCAGUCUGAAUACACAGUAACACAUCUUUAAGUAAACCCAUUAUUUCCCCCAGCUUCAAUAAACCAGAUACCCCAGGGAAGCACACACCAGUUUUGAGUUUUGAAGAGACACAACAGGUUGCAGCUGUCGAGGUUUCCCCUGUGCAGCAGCAGUCUCAGGGGCUAAGCCUCUUCUUGCCUAAGCCAAUUGAUGAAGGAGAGAAACAUAUUUUGGGUUGAGGAAUCCUCUUCUUCCCCAGGUGUCUGGAGUUCUGUGAAAUAAAUAAAGUUUCUCCCUGACCGCUGCAAUGAGGCUGUGAGUUCCAAGCCUCAUUUUCUCUUACACCUGCUCCAUGCUGACUUUAUCUCUAUAAUAUUUCAAUAGUGAAAUAGCCGGUGCCUGUUCAUCCUCCUCACAUUUCGCAUAGGCUGCUACAGAAGGGGCUGAUGCCAGGUGACUCCUGAGCUACUCAUCUACCUGAGAACGCCUAGCUCAGGGGUUCUCAACCCAGUCCUCAGGACCCCCUACCAGUCCAGGAUUUGGGGAUUACCUGGGUGUGUCUCAGGUGUUUAGAAAAAGGGAAAAAAACACCUUAGACUCUAAGGUGUUUUUUUUUCUUUUUCUAAACACCUGAGACGCACCCAGGUAAUCCCUAAACCCUGGACUGGUAGGGGGUCCUGAGGACUAACGUUGAGAACCCCUGGCCUAGCUUCUUCCUCCAGAUGGAGUAACAGAUCUUCUAUUAGUGCUGACAGGGUACAGAGCUUUGCUUAUCCUGGUAGGCUGAUGGAAAAGUUUUAGCACAUCAAAAAUGCUGCCUUAUAUAUAACUACAGGGCUGCAUGAAUUAGAUGAAUUCUAGCCAAUCAGAUUAUUGGGUUUUGUGCCAUUUUUACCAUGAAAAUCCAGUUAAAAAAUGCCAAAUAUCUGUCUCUAUCUACACUACUUGACCUACAUGACCUAAACUUGUCUCCGCUGUCAACUAUGUCCAUCAAUGGACAGCUACAGUGCUGGCUAUAAUGUUAGUGCUUUGCAAUUCCAAGGGGUCUGCUCUCAGCCAGAGGACAGAUUCCACAGGCAGACCACCGGAACAGCAGCUGGACCACCAGGAGAUAAGGAUCAGAGCCACCCUCACUGCAACAAGUUAAGCAGGAGGUGGACUUAUCUAAAAUGAAUAAAUAAAUAAUUAUGCAGCAAUAUGUGGGGAGGCUGAACAGGGAAAUACAGCCUCCCCAUAUAUAACCUACUCCUCUACACCAGGGGUCCUCAAACUACGGCCCGCGGGCCAGUUCUGGCCCGCCAGGGUCCUGAACCCGGCCCAAGCACUCAGGGCCACCCGAUGGGCCCUAUAUCUUCAGGGGCCCGGUCAGCACUGCGGCCGUGCAAUAGCGCGACCGGGCCCCUUUAAAAAUUUGCAGCCGCAAAGUAGUGGGAGGGAAGGGAAGAAAAAUAGGCUGCGGGAGCCUCGCUGACUCCCAUCAGCCACAGCCAUCCUCCAGGAAAAAAAGUAAGGAAGAUUAGCUGUGUGUGUGUAUGUAUGUAUGCAUGCAUGUUUGUCAAUAUGUAUGUCUGUCUGUGUUUGUGUGUAUGUAUGUGUCAAUCUGUAUGUAUGCCUGUAUGUAUGCCUGUAUGUAUGUCAGUAUGUGUUUGUAUGCAUGUAUAUGUAUGUCUAUAUUUCAGUAUGUAUGUCUGUGUGUGUAUGUAUGUAUGAAUGUAUUUCUGUAUGUGUAUGUACUUUAGUAUGUAUGUGAGCGUGUUUGUAUGUAUUUAAGUAUGUCAGUAUGUAUGUUUGUGUGUGUGUAUGUAUUUAUGUCAGUAUGUAUCUGUCUGUGUCUGUCUAUCUGUGUAUGUGUGUAUGUAUGUCAGUAUGUGUAUGUCUGUCUAUCUAUCUGUAUGUAUGUCAGUGUGCGUAUGUAUGGCUGUGUGUAUGUAUGUCAGUAUGUGUGUGUAUGUAUGUCAGUAUGUAUCUGUCUGUGUCUGUCUGUCUGUGUAUGUGUGUAUGUAUGUCAGUAUGUGUCUGUUUAUUUAUCUGUAUGUAUGUCAGUCUGCGUAUGUAUGGCUGUGUGUAUGUAUUUCAGUAUGUAUGUCUGUGUAUGUAAGUCAGUAUGUGUAUGUAUGUCUGUCUGUGUGUAUGUAUUUCAGUAUGUGCGUGUAUGUAUGUAUGUCAGUAUGUAUAUGUCUGUGUCUGUCUGUGUAUGUGUGUAUGUAUGUCAGUAUGUGUCUGUUUAUUUAUCUGUAUGUAUGUCAGUGUGCGUAUGUAUGCUGUGUGUAUGUAUUUCAGUAUGUAUGUCUGUGUAUGUAUGCCAGUAUGUUUAUGUAUGUAUGUCUGUGUGUAUGUAUUUCAGUAUGUGCUUGUAUGUAUGUAUGUCUGUCUGUGUGUGUGUAUGUCAGUAUGUAUGUGUUUGUAUGUAUGUGUAUGUCUGUCUGUAUGUAUUUCUGUAUGUAUGUGUAUGUCAGUAUGUAUGUAUGUGUGUAUAUGUCAGUAUUUAUAUGUCUGUCUGUCUAUGUAUGUCAGUAUGUAUGUACGUCUGUCAGUAUGUAAGUGUGUGUGUGUAUGUAUGUCCUUAUGCGUGUUUGUGUCUGUAUGUAUUUUAGUAUGUGUAUGUGUGUCUGUAUAUGUCUAUGUGUCUGUUUCACUAUGUAUAGGAAUUCUAUCGUUAGUCUUGGGGGUUCAUCUAAUAUAGUCCUCAUUUCCUGUUCGAUGCUCUCCCAGUACAACUUUAUUUUCCUGCAGUCCCACCAUAUAUGUCUCAGUGACCCUGUUUCCUCGUUGCAUCUCCAACAGGUGUCCGGUAUGUCCGUUAUAUAUCUGUGAAGCGUGUCCGGCGUGCGAUACCAGUGCGUCAGUAUUUUGUAGUUCACUUCCUGGAAGUGUGAGCUAGAAGAGCUCUUGUGCUGGAGGAUCAGGGUCUUUUCCCAUUGGACGUCUGAAAAAGUCAUAGCUGCCCAUUCCUCCCAUUGCCUUUUGUAGAGAUUAUUUUUUGUUCUGUGACUCAUUAUUAAACAUUGGUAAAUCGUUGAGACCUUCCCAUCUGCCUUGGGUGAUUGUGUGCAUAAUGUCUCGUACCAAGUUAGUUCCCUGUGGAUUUUGGGCCUAUUUGGUAGGUUGUAGUAAUAGUGUUUUAAUUGGGCAUGGUGGAAUUGGUGCAUAAGCGUGGUUGGCCUCCCCUCCGCUAUGUCCCUGAGCGGUUUCACUCCAGCGUUGGUGAGAACUUUGUGUAUUGGUAUAUAUCCGUCCUGGUUGUCUGUCGGCCAGGCUGACGGCGGGAGUCCAUCUCCCAGGCUGCCGUUAUGUUUAAUGGGUAUAAGUGGGCUCGGUUUGGGUCAGAUUAGUUGUCCUUUUCUCAGUGUGGUCCAAUGCUUCAGUGUCUGUGUGAUGGGGGAGUCUUCUCCUAGUUGUGCUUCCCCUUCUCUGUGCCAAAUAAGUGUCUGUAGUUGGUUGUCCGUUGUGUCUCUCCAGAGUGUGACCCAGCGUUUGUUGGGUGAGGUUAUGUGGAGUCCUCUCAGUCUCUGUAGAACCGUGGCCUGGUGAUAUCGUUUGAACUCUGGUAGGGCCAAUCCUCCCCAGCUCCUCGGCAGACAUAACUUGUCAUAACUAAUACGUGCCCUAUUGCCCCGCCAGAUAUAGUGUAUAAUCACUGUUUUGAGUGUUGCAAAGAAUGUGUGUGGUAUCAUCUGUGGCGUGGUGUGGAAAAGGUAUGGAAUCAGUGGCAGGACAUUCCUUACCCUGCCAGUUGAUCACUGCCUACAGUGAUCAAAAUACAGAUCACAGUAUUAUACUGUGAUCUAAUUUUUUUUAACCCCUGAGGAUGAACUUUUAUUAGUUUUUUAACCCUCAGGGGUUCAAUUUAUUUAAUUAAUUAAUUUAAAUAUUUUAUAAUUAUAUAUUUUGCUAGAUGGGGUGGGAGCUAUGGGGAAAUGGGGAAUUUACUGUUAGUGCUACUUACUGCUAGUUAGGAGUUAACAGUAAAAAAAAAGCUUAGAAAAAUGUUAAAUCUGUAAAAAAAGUUUGAACUUAGUGGCACAUAUGAAAUAUACAAAAUGCCCAGCAAAAAUGUAAUCCGUAUGUAAAAAAUGCCCAAAAUUAUUUUUUACCACAUACUUUGGCAUAUAUUGGUGAACAAAUGGGGGCAUGUUAAGGCACAAUAUGCACCAUAUGAGAUACCCUGGAGUGUCUACUUUUACAAAUGGUAGGCCUUUGUGGUUUUUUUUUUGAACAGUCAAACUGCUAUAAUACCCCAAAUUGAAGCAUAAGCCCAUUAAAUCCGUCUCUCAAAAUUCUACUGUAAAUACUGAAAAGGACAGGUCUCCUAUAUGGCACUGUAGCUUUUUGAAAUAGUGCCAAAGACAUACAAUGGGGGUAUCGUUGUACUCAGCAGAUGUAGCUGAACACAAAAUAAAGUUUUGCACAGGAAUAGCACACACCAACUUUACAAAAUACACCUGAGAAGUUCUUUGUUUUAAGUUUGUGUGCGAAAAACCAAAAAAACACAAUUUUACUCCAAUAUAUAGCAGAGAUUGGCGGUGAAAUGGCUAUGUAGAAAGUGUCAAAACAACCGUAGGACAAUAGCAUGUGAUGUCUACUUUAUAUAAAUAUAUACUUUUGUGUGGCAAUUUUGUUUUCUUUUAUGGCUAUUAAGCUUACAAGACAAACAUACCAAAUUCUAAAAUUGCUCCACAUUAAAAGUUUAUUUUACUCCUUGUCCUUUGUGACCUGUAACUACCAAAAAAAAACUUAAAAUCCCAGACACAUUAUAUAUUCUGUAAAUCGGAACAGCUAAAUGAAUUUAUUUUUAAUUACUUUAUUUAACCUGCACUAAUUAUGCACACAUUAUUAUUGCAAAAACUGUAAAAAAAACACAAAAUCUUUUUUUUUGCAUUUUUCGGUAUUUUUUUUAUAAUAAAUAAGCAUAUAUACAUAUAUAUAUAUAUAUAUAUAUAUAUAUAUAUAUAUAUAUAUGUUACAUCAAAUUAAAGCCCUUUCUGUCCUUUAAAAAACGGUAUAUAAUAUGUGUCGGUGCAAUAAAUGAGUAAAAUGCAUAUUACAGUUGAAUGCAAACAACAAAAAAUGCUGUUGUCAUUAAGUGCAAGACAAGCUUCUGAAGCACUGUCCUUAAGGGGUUAAUUGGUGUCUAUUCUCCUGGUUGCAAGUAAAUAUUUCAGCUUUCCCACUCGAUGAAAGCAUGAGGAUUUCUAAAUAACUGGCCACAUGUGCUUGCAUAGCCCUGAUCACCUCAGAUUUUAAAAUGGCAACGUUGAUGGAGGACUCUAUUUCUGUGUCUUUCACAGAUAUGGUGGUGGUCUCUCCUAGAGACAGCCCCAUCAAUGUUAGAAGGCUCCAUAAGAUAGCUUUCCUUGCCAGGGACCUAUCCUCUUCAUUUUCUGAGGAGGAUAUGGUCCCAGUCACCUGUAAAAGAAAAAAGAAGGGCUGCCUUUCAUCUUCUUCAAGUUCUGAUGGUGAACAUGAUUUUGGUCCCUCUUCCUCUCACUCUCAUUUGAGUAGCUGACAAUUUAAAGGGACAGUACAUCCAAAAGCCAAACGUGUGUUUCCCCCGUUUGAGGUUUCUAACCAGUUUUCACACAAAAGGAAUAAAACUCGUUUAGGUGCUGUCAGCCCCUCACCGACCUUAAGACCAUUUGCUCAUUCAUCCUCCCUAAGCCGGUCCUGCUAAAGACAGGGAUCACCUGAGAUUGAUUGGGAGUCUGAGGAGGUGGUUUUCUCUGCAGCUUCCACUGAACGAGGGAAGUUGAGCAACAUUCAGAUGGCCAGGGUGAGCCUUUUAGGUAAAGUGCUCCCUUCAAAAUUGUUUCAUUCCAGAUGGUCCAUCGAGCAAGAGUCAGAAGUCAGUGAUUUUGCCAAACUAGCUUUCAGAUUCCCGCUAGUUAAAAAGGAUCAUCUCCUCCUUAGAAACCAUAUUGUAUCCCUGAUAUUCAGGCACUAAUGGCUCCUGAAAUUGAUCCAGCACUAUUAUCCAUUACAGAACGCAGUGUUUCUGGGGAUCCCAUGGAUCAGACGUUUCGCAAUAUACAGUUCAAAAUUGCGGAUGCUGUUGGCUCCUUCUGCUUAUGUUGGAUAAGGCAGAGAGGGAGAGAUCCUCUCAUAACCCUUCUCUACCGGCACUUUUUAAAGCUUCCAGCAGAGGGGCUGCACUCACCCGGACAUGCAUAAAUAGGGUGCUGUUGGGGCCAAUUUAUACAAUACACAAGAUCCAGCACAAGUGUAACGAAUCACCUGGCACCCCGACUGGGUACCUCUGUUGAUGGAAGCUCGUAGUGCUUCCCAAGGGCUCCAAGCACUCCACUUGACACCAUAGCACUGCAGACCCUACGAACCGCCGCAGCUUGAUUGGGGUUUCGCCGUCUCCUACCCACCCUGGAUCUACGACAAGGCUCCAGACUCCAGUGGGUAAACCUCUCCAGGCUCCAGUGGGUGAACCUCUCUUCCUUCAGAGAGCGAAGCAGGAACAAGCUCUUAAAAGAGCUUAGUGAUUAUAGCCAGGGGAGUAAACAGCGUAUAGCAAUCCCCAGUGUAGAUGCAGCCUUUUCCCCCACACAUGCGACGAGGCUCUAUGUUGAAGGUAAAACAGGAACUCAGCAGUCUGAGGGUUUAUUGUCUUAUAUGCAAGUUUUCCCACAAAGUUACCACCCAUGUGGUCUUGUGGAACAGCCAAUCAAACACAUUACAUUAUAGUCAGACACUCCCAGCUAAGGCACACAGACCCUCCCCUCUGCCUUAAUUAUAACUUAAUUAUCACAGGCAGAAAAUAUACAGUUUUAUACAAUAUUCAUAACUUCCAAACCAUACAUGCAAUUCACAUAAAGGUCACCAAUUUUGAACCAGCAUAAGCAGUAUAUAAACAUAUGUCAGACUCAUACAAAUUGGUCCAGUGGUUCAAAAGUUAGGUGGAAUUCCUAUUUGACCGACUGCAAGCAUGGCUUUUCUGCCCAAAUCAGUUCCAUAGAUUUAGGCUGUGCAGCCUAUCUUCUCCUUUAUCCUGGAGAUAAUUGGCUUAAGUAACUGUAGUAAACUCAAUUAUCUCCAUGUACAUAAAAUAUCACUAAGUCACAACUGCAACAAAACACAUUCAAAUACAUAACUAAUAUUCUACAGAACUGAACCCCUACAUUUGCGCUCACUACAGCUGAACAGCGCUCAGAUCCCACGAACACAGUCAAAUCGCCAUGGGGUUAAACAAUAGCAAGGGCUGAUGAGAGAUUGAGGAGGGACAAAGCAGCCAGUUUCAACUGGUCUGGCAGUGUCGCUGGGACAACGCCCUGCUGGAGAACAAUGGGACAGGAAACGGGGGAGGGGAAGAGGCACACCUUCCCAUGGAUUCAAAGGGGCAGAAAAAGUGUCCCAAAAUCCAAUAAGCCCAAACAGACUUUUUAAAUGGCAAUACUUCCCAAGGUCCAUAGUCACAAGGCAAGAGGCUGGCAUGCAGGCCUCUCCAAGAACAAGUGGUGAAGGGCACUUUGUCACAACAAGAUCCAGCGCACUGACUUAUCCACUAAACAGCAACUUUAUUGUUGACAUAUUUUAUUGGUUUUAAGCAAUAUAUGACCAUAUCAUGUAACUAAACCCCCAUUAUUUUUGCCUAGAUUAGAUGUUAAAAAAAAAACAAAAAACUAAUAAACUCUGUCAACAUAGAAGUUGCUGUUUAGUGGAUAAGUGCGCUGGAUCUUGUGUAUUAUAUAUAUUCUGUUUCUCUUUACAGAUUACAACGGGCUUCCCAGACAGGAUCAACAAGCCAAGGACCCUCCUAAAUAGUUUUUCUGGAUGUUAAGAAAAUUAUUUCAGAAGUUCUUUGUUUAUGAGUUAUCCCAAUAUUUCUCACAAAGGCUGUUUGCCUUGUCACCUUUAAGAUCUAGGAUUGUUUUGUUACAUUUUCACAUGUUACUAUUAACUGUCAGUACUCGAGAAAUGUUUCUUUUCUAUUGUUACUUUAUUAUACUGUCCAUUCACUGUGUUUCUAUAACAUUUACAUAGGUGUAUAUUCUUGUUUGGUUGAGAAAAUAAAAUAUUGUUACCCUGCCCUUAUAUUGGCAUUAGUGACUCUUUCCUCUUUUUAUUAUAUACUAGUACAUUGUGUGUUUUUUUAUACAUUGAUUUCUACCCUACAUCAGGGGGUUCUUUGUCUCUGGAUGAGUUAACCAUCUGCAGUAUCCCGAUUUUAAAAUCUGAGGUGAUCAGGGCUGCCGCGAGCUGCACGGCUGUCCUGAUCAACUGAUUGGCUGAAACGCUGUUGUUGUGCAGGAGCACAGCACAAGCGUUUUAGCUCGGCAAAAUAUUUUUCCGGGAGGCUGCCACAUACCCACUAGCUUUGCUAGGUGGUUAUUCUCAACCCUAGGACACAGAAGGUUUGCAGGCCAUAGAUUCCUGCAAACUCUAUUAAGAUCUCUAAUCACACUAAGGUUAAGGACUUUUUGAGGUUUGUUUACUGAAAUUCUUUUAACCAAAAAUACAAAAUGAAGAGGAAAGGAAACAUAACAGAGUCUCCAUAUAAAUCAAAUAUAGCAUAACAAAUGUACAGAAAGAUAAGGAUAACAACAUAAAUCUACUGUAAUUUUCAGAAAAAUAAAGCAAGGUACCAAGUAAAACUAUUUUGGAAUUUAUGCUGCAGGGUGAGACUCUUAUAAAAUGGGAAAGAAGAAAAAAAAAAUUACAUUGUGACAAAAAUAUUCACAACUACUGAGACAUUUAAAUCCAUGUUAACAUGAUCUUUUAUGAGUUAAGGUAAUAACAGUGAGCGAUAAGAGAACGGAGCUCCAAAUUUCACUGAGCUGAAAGACUCCAAGAUCAAAUUAAAAAAAAGAACACAUUCUGCUUAUUAUCAGAGCUAUUGCAUAGAUUAAAAUGGUUAAAUAAUAGGAUGAAUAAUGUUUUCACACAUUAUUAGCAUACCUAUGCCAUUGGAUCAUAGAGACAAAUCAAGUUACAAUUCAGCUCUCUAGAGUUUCUUUUACAGUAUGAAACAGUCAUGGUUCCUUUAAGAAAUUAUUCCAGCCUUCUACUCUAAAACAUGUUAACAUGUCUGUUUUGUACCAGAAAUUAGCUGGCCCUUUAAGCAACAUUCCUACCCUUAUAGAGGCAUCAGUUUUCAUUCUAGCAUCCUCACAGAGAGCAAAAGCAAUUAAAAGAAAACUACACCCAAAUAGCCAGCAGUUAUUCAACCUUUAUCCACUUGAUAAGAGCAGUAUUCACCCUCGGGGUGCUGCACUUGCGAGCAAUGAAUACACUUCUCGGGUGAAUGAACAUAACAGCUCAAACUGGUCCCGUCUCUAUGCAUCAGCGUCCACUUUAAAUUAAUUUAUUUUAUUUAUAAUUUUGUUCAGCCGAUGCUCAUUAUUUUCCGGGGCACUGGGUGUCAGCCUGGGUCCUAUUUCUCAAAGCAUCUGAGGACGGAGUUAUGACUGUUUUGCAUAAUUCAUUCAUAUUAUGUAUAGUGCUAACAAAUACUCAUUGUGCUAGCCAUUUCUUCUCUACGGUACCACUGGUUUUGCAUAUCAAGCAAGGGAACAAGGGACUUUUGGUUAAUGGCGUUUGCCAUGUAUAACAGAAGACCUUCUAUCAAGGGGUUUCUCGGUCAAUUCCAGUUUGAUAUAUGAGGUUAUUAUAUGCAGGUAAUGAAUGUUAAGUGGAGCCUGUCACCUACUCUUUGCCUGAAGGACCAAGGCUCCCAAGACACAAAUAUUGAGGCAGAGCAGCCCUUGGUGUCAGGACAGAUGAUUAUAAGGUCUGUGGCACAAAGUAACUGUGUGCAUUGUUCUACAAACAAAUGGUGAACUCACGCAUUGAUACAUCUUUAAAAAGAAGUCCUGAGACAGCUCUCCGCCUACAUUAGUAACCGAUAUAAUUGCAUCAUUAUUAUAUUCAUUUUGUUGUUUUAAAAACAUCUUAAUAAUAACAAUGAGCCUUAGUGAUGAAUGGGUUUUGCACCAUCGGUUCUCUAGUAUAGAUUGUAAGCUUUUGGUAUCAGGGCCUCAUUUAAUAGUAAGUACUGGAAUUUGUAUUAACUCUUUUAAAUUUAUUUUAUUGCUAUAUAGUGCCACUAGUUCCUUUAUAAUUCAUGAUUAAAACCCAAAAAGGUUCAUAUCACACGUAUAAUUAAUUAAAUUAAAUUAAAGCAAAUUAAAUAACAAGUACAACAGCAUGGUAAAAUGAUGAUGAUACGUCCAAAAAGUAAUGGAAUCUUAUCAUGUAAAUCUGUAUUCAUGUUUAUGACUUUUUCAGGGAAUUCCCUUAUUCUGGAAACAUGCCUCAACUGAAACAAUUAAGACGUUACUUAACAAAACAGCAGAAACAAACAAGAUAUAAUUGCUAGCGCUAUUACAAUGGUAUAUGGAGACAUUGGUUCUGAUACACACAUUGGAUGCAGGAAUGAAAGAGAGCAAUUAUAACGUAAAAUAAUACGUGAUAAGUGGAAAAGGAAGAGAACAAAAAAUUAUAGAAGACAAUAUAGCAUUAGAAAGGUUACUGUACGUUACAGAAUUAAAG